CUACUCGGAAGACAGGUUAGCAGCUGUUAAAGUGAAGCUGCAAGAAGAUUUGUUCUCUCGUGAUAUGCGGUGAUGAACUGAAUAUUUUUGGAGCAAACUGAAUAAAUCUACUUUUAAACAGCACGUAAGUCCGAUGCUCAAUAUUUUUCUUUUUCGAAUUAGAGAAUGGACAGCUAUAGAUAAGGAAAAGCCAUGGUACAAGAUAGAACAGGAUUUUAUAAAGGUUAAGUUGGAGACCCUGCCUUGGCAGAAUUGUAAAUUAAAUUUAUUAUCACCCUCUAAACAUCCAAUUAUAAACCACACCAUACACAUUUGGAGAAGGCUUAAAGAUAGAUGGGGCUAUCCCCGGGAUUAUCUGUAUUCUUCCCAAUAGCAUCUAACUUGGAUUUCCAGUUUGGGCUGGGCCACAAACUACUGGAAAAGUUAACAGGAGAAGCAGACCCUUCAGUAACAAGUUUAAUAACAGAUGGAACACCCAUUAGAUUAAGAGAGUUCCCUUCCUGGGACAAUACAACAGCUCUUAUAGAUAGAAUGGGUAUCAUGUAUUUAAAGUUUUUCUUAAACCAAAAAGUGUUACCAUAUUGGCAGACAAGAGAUAGAACAGAGUUCGAGUCACUUUGUGGUCCUGGGAUAGAGAAGAAAUGGUAUCUGUCCAGUAUAUAUAGUCUAAUUCAUAAGGCAGCUAUGGAGAAGACUGUCCCUUCAUUCCAAUUGAAAUGGAUGCAAGGUUUUAACAUUCAAAUGACCAGCAAUGAUUGUGUUCAAAAUGGGGAUGAAAGCCCAGGUGAGCACCCCUAGGAAAAUUUUUUUUUUUUUAAAAGAGUUACUAGAUGGUACAAUACUCCAGAUCGACUUAAAAAAAUACGGUUUACUGGCCUCGGAUGGCUGUUGGAGAUGUGGUGAGAGGGGGGCGAAUAUGGAACAUAUAUGGUGGGAGUGAAAAACUUAUUAGGAGCUAAUGGCUACAGAUAUUGAGUGUCAUUUAUAAAAUUUUACCAAUGCCUGAUCAACUACCCCCAUCUAAGAUUCUAUUGGGAUGGCCAGCUUCCUUUAAGGAGAAUAAUAAACAGACAUUGCGGAGUUAUUUAUUGAAUGAGGCAAAUGCUUUGAUCCCGUUGUAUUGGCUUAAACCUAGUAUCCCGACUAAAGAACAAUGGAUUCUUAGAGUGGAAGCUUUGAGGGAACUUGAAGACGUUCACUGGGCAAUUCAGGGGAAGAGAGACCACUAUGUUAGGACAUGGGAACCUUGGCUAGCGUUUGGGGCAGAAACACCAUAGCAAGAUUACUUUAAGACAUACUGAUGAUGAGUUAAUAGACCACUAAUGUUAGAAGUAUUGGCAGAACUGCCCCCCUUUUUUUCUCUUUCUUCUUUUUCCCCCUUUCUUGUUUUGGUAAAAAGCAUAUGAUGAUAUGGGACCUUGAUAAUUCUACUUGGUAAUGGCGUAAAGUAGUCUCAAUAUCUGACGCAAAAAAAUAUAUAUAUACUUUUCUUUGACACCGUAGACUAUCAAGAUGAAAGAAUAGAAUAGACAGACAUACAGACUAAAUAGAAUCAUAAAUGUAGAUAUCAUUGCAAUUCACAACUGUCAUGUUAUCUUAUUUUGUAAUAAAUAUGGAAUGGAGUUAUGAGAUCCCUGCUAGCUUGGUUUUACUCCAUUAGUACAGAAAAAAACCAAUCUGAACUAAAAUUGCAAUUUUCUGUUUAAAGUGUGACUUUUAGGCUCAUUGGUAAAUGGACUUUUUGUUGGUAUCAAGACAGCAUUUCAAAUAGUCUGGUUUAAUCUUUCAAAGGCAAGAGUAAAAUCAAUAUGUAUUAUACAGACAAAUGAUUUAUUGGAAUAUGCAGCAAUACUUGACAAACUUUUUAGAGAUAUUUAAUUAAAAGUAAGGGGAAGUUGGUAGCAGGGGAACUUGUGUAACUACCAAAGAGACAGCAAGAUAUUGCUGAAGAGUUUGAAAUGCGGUAAAAAAAUAUUGCUAUACACCUUAAAUGCCCUCUCAGUAAUGAGAGACGCUUGGUUUAAAGAAUGGGAGAGCCAAAAGAUAUUGGCAUUAGAUGAACGUUAUUACAUACAUCUUAUCAGAAAAAUACAUAAUGGAACAAAACAUUUAAAUGUAUAUAAACUUUUUCAGAGAAAUAUGAAAAACAGGAAAAGUGGGCAGUAUACUUAUUUGUCGAAUCUAAAUUAAACUCUUCCAUUAAAGGGAAACUAUAGUGCCCCUCUGUCAAGGCCCCCCUGUGGAGGCAGAGGAAGAGCAUGCUUUUUAUGAGGAGAGAUACAUGCAGAUCUAGGAGAGCCUCGGAGUUCCAUCACACAGAAAUACAGGCCACUGCAUUGCCUGAAUUAUUGUAAUACCGGCACUGGCCACAUAGUCCCAAAUACUGGCCGUGCCGGUAAAAUACCGGUCAGGUGGCAACCCUAUGUAAUAAUGCAGUAACUUAAUAACCCAACAAGGAAUUGCUCUGUUUAUAGCUAUAAAGAGAAUGACUCAGAGAAAGGAUUGAUUGGUUGAUUAUGGAACACUGUCCAUUAUUGUACAGUAAGGGUUGAUUUGUGAGAAGUAAAGGGACACUCUAGGGACUGUAACUGCUUCAUCUCAUUAAAAUGGUUAUAGUGUCUGGAGUCCCCUGGCAUUGUCCUUCCAUUCAGUGUUAAACUGUUUUUAAUGUUUUUAUACUAAAAGAAUGUCCUGAAAAUUCCACCUCAUCUGUGCUGCUUGGACUAAUGAGGUAGCAUUAGCCUGAAGGAGCAACAGAUGUCUAAGAGUGUCAGCCAGGGACGUAUUAGCCGCGAGUUAAACAAGGCAUUUGCCUUGGGCGGCAUUUUCCAGAAGGCGGCAAAAAAAGCCGCCCCCAAAUGUCCAGGGCAAAUGUCUUGUUAGCCUUGCGGCUAACAGUCCAGGCGCGGCGGGCGGCUAUGUAAAAAAAUCCGUGCAGGCGGCACUGGCGAUGGAGCACUUCCCCCUGAGCUCUCUGCUCGGCUCCCUCGCCAGCAGAGUGAUGCCGGGAGCCAGAAUGUGACCGACCAGCAGCCACUGGACCACCAGGGAGAGGAAGAACCCCCCCCAGCAUUCCCAAAGGUAAGGAGGCUGGGGCGGGGGUUGAAUUUAAAAAAAAACAACCCACAAGUGAGUGUGUUUGUGUGUGUGUCUGUUUGUGUGUGUGUGUGUUAGUGAGUGUGUGUGUUAGUGAGUGAGUGUGUCUGUUAGCGUAAUGACGUCAGAGCGUGAUGACGCGUUGUGGGGUUCGGCAGAAACGUUACGCUAACCGGACGUUAAGCCCCGCCUCCCGGAAGUGUUUGGAGUCAGGAAGUCUUUUCGGCACACAGAGACUCUGUAUAGCCGGCGCCGAAAUAGAGACUGCACAGACCAGCACCUACUAUAUGGAGGAGAAAAAUUAAAGAGGGACUUACCUGCCUGAUAUAGCGAUUUUUAAAGAAGAAAUAAAGGAUUUUACUUCACCACAGUUUCCAACGUAUGUUAUUGCAAAAGAAGCCAACAAUGUUUAGAGCAGACUUGAUUGCUCUACCCUUGUGAGUGUUUUGGGUUCAUAUUUUCUUUAUAUUUAUUUAUUAACAUAUUACCCUAUGAUUGUGUAUUUCCCUUCUCUCUUUGAGAUACAUAUUGGAUUGCUGACAGAAGUUUUAAAGCAAAUUCCAUAACUGGGAAAGCUAAGUAUUGUCUUUUUGCACAAAAUUUGUCGCACAUAAAAAAUAUUUUGGUUUGUACAUUUUGUAUAUUUAUAUAUUUAAGUGUGUUGCACAUUGAUGCACUUCAUCACUUUAGUUGCACAGCAUUGCACAAAUUAUUUUCACUGUUUAAAAUACUUUGAGUCUUAAAGGCACAGCGUACUUUAUUUUUACAUUGUCUUAAUAUAGGUGAUUGAGCUUUUUUUCACUAUAUAGAGUGCUGAUUAUUAGUAAUUAUUGUUGUUUUAUAAGUUAGCGCCAUAAUAUUACUUGUGUGGUUUAUUACUAGUGACUGUAUGUGUCUGUUAGUGAGUGUGUGUGUAUUUAGAAGGCGGGGGGAAGGGUGGGGUGGUGCGGGGGGGUGGGAGCGCGAGUUUUGUCCUGCCUAGGGCAGCACAAAACGAGGAUACACCACUGGUGUCAGCUGACCAAUUUCAGCCUAUCACAGCACCCAUUACUGUAUGUAUUGAUAUUACUGGAAAUGUACAAUCUUUGCCUUAGUCUUAUGUCCAGUGGAGUCUGGCUUGUGGGUGUUUUAGUGUUAAUCUACUCGAAAAUGUGUUGUUUGCAAAAUCUAUCACCAAUCAUGCGACAGAAUCAUGGACCCAUUAAAGGAAUAUUGUCACUUUACAGGAUUUUAGAUAUUUUGUUAACCCCUUAAGGACGCAUGACAGAAAUUUUCUGUCAUGCCGGUCCUACCUUUAAAGACGCAUGACGGAAAAUUUCCGUCAUGCAAUAUUUUUCCAGCAGGGUCUAUUACCUUGCUGGUAACUAUGAGCCCCAGGUAUCAUUUGAUUCCUGGGGCUCCCCUCUCUCACCUGGGGCCAGAAUUAGUGGCCCCAGACUGACCAAUGCUCUGUUUGCAGAGCUCAAAGGGAGCGCUGCAAACAAGCAUUUAAAUGGGGAUUUAAAUCCCCACUAUUACAAUUUGGUGUGAUCAGGGUUUAUACCCUGCUCACACAAGGGAGUUCCAGGUAUCAUUGGAAACCUGGGGCUCCCCUCUAUCAGCUGGGGACAUUUUUAGUGACCCUAGCCUUUUUUGAUGAGCUACGUGCAGUGCUGGAAAUCAGCACGGCAUGUAUCUGCAUAAAUAGGCACUUAAAUGCCUAUAUCUAGAUUUUGGUGUAAACAGGGUUAAAUCCCUGCUCUCACCAGGAAACCCAGGUAUCAUUAGAAACCUGGGUCUCCCCUAUGUCAGCUGGGGUCAUUUUUAAUGUCCCCAGACUGACAGCUGAGCUGCAUGCAGAGCUCAAAGUGAGAUCGGCAUGCAGCUGUUUAAAUGGAGAUUUAAAUCCCCAUAGAGCACAAUGCAGUGUGAGCAGGGUUAAAUCCCUGCUCACACUAGGAAACCCAGGUAUCAUUAGAAACCUGGGGGUCCCCUCUGUCUGUUGGGGCCAUUUUUACUGUCCCCAGGCUUUUUGAUGAGCUGUAUGAAGAGCUCAAAGUGAGGUCAGCAAGCAGCUCUUUUAAUGGGGAUUUAAAUCCCCAUAGACAGCAAUGUAGUGUGCGCAGGGUUAAAUCUUUGCUCACACCAGGAAACCUAGGUAUCAAUAGAUAGCUAGGACUUCCCUCUGUCAGUUGGGGCCAUUUUAGUGGCCCCAGACUUUUUGAUGAGCUGCAUGCAGUGCUGAAAGUCAGCACUGCAUGUAGCCAUUUAAAUCCACAAAGAACACUGCAGCUGAGGAUCAAGCUCAGCUACAGUCAUUCUCUCAAGUGAUCUGGUGCUUGGGAGACCCCCAGGGUCUGAACAGACCCUGGAGGGUCACCCUCUAUGCCCCAAUUCCAUUCUGAUCAGUGCUGGGCAUUUUCAGUUGCCCAGCACAGAUGUAUUGCAUUGGGCAUAAUGUCUUCGAUGUAAGAGAUGGGAGACUGCAAUACUGAAAAUAGCCAGUAGAUGUCAGCAACAUACCACUGUCUAUUUUAGUUUAAACCCCCUUUACUAAUAUCAGUACUGAUAUUAGUAGAGGGAAACCUUUGGGAUUAAGAUUAAAUUAAGGAUUACAAUUAAGGAUUACUUUUCGGUUUAGAAUAAGUACUAGAUUUAUUAUCAGGUUUAUUAUUGGGUUUAUUGUUAAAUUUAGGUUUAUGAUUAGGUUUAUAAUUAAUUGUAGUAUUAGGAUUAUGCUUCAGAUUAGGAUUCAGAUUAUGGUUCAGAUUAGGAUUAGGGUCAGCACGAGCAUCCCUUGCUGAAUAUAGCAACUGAAUUCCUCUGCUGACACCAGCAGGGAGAAUCAUUUUAACACUAUUGCUAAAGGUAGGAUUGAGAUUAGGAUUAAGGUUAUAAUUAAGGUUACACAUAGGAUUACGUUAUGGGUUAGGAUUGUGGUAAGGGUUUAUUAUUAGAUUGAGGGUUAGAUUUGGGAUUAGGAUUUGGUUUAGAAUUAGGGCUUGGUUUAGGAUUAGAGAUUUAGAUUAGGAUUAAGAUCACUACUUUCCAAAGAUAUACAUAUGGGGUAUAUUUGUACUGAGAAUAUCUUGCUGAGUACAGCUAAGAUAAUUUUAUGACAGUGGGACACAUGAGAUUUAAAAAAUAAGCAUCAAAAUACUAUGUGUAUGUAAAAAUGUUAAAAUGAAAAUAAAUACCACAAACUUUGAAACAAAAUGGUAACAAAAUGUCACUUCAAUAAAGUUUAUAAUAUUUUAUGUGAGAGUCCCCAUGGUGUCCACUUUUGUAAAUAGUAUGCAUUGGUGGCAUAAUUUAAAUAUAUGAGCGACUGAAAUGCCCCAAAAUGAAACAAAGACCCAUCGUCAAUUUGUCUUUUAAAAAAAAGACUGGGCCGAGUAUGAUUUUAGCCCUGUAUUUUCACAAAAACCUGACUAAGGUAUACAAAAGGGGUCAUUUUGUACUCAGGAAAUAUAGCUGAGAAUAAUUUAGUGAUUUAAUUUACAGUAGCAUAUAUCAAGUUUCCAAAAUUAACCACUAAAAUACAACAUGUGUGUAUAAAAAUGCAAAAAUAAAACAAUAUGAUAAAAUUUGAAAGAAAUUGGUGCUGACAUAACUGUAUAAUAAAGCUCAAAAUAUACCAUAUGACAUAGCCCAUGGUGUCUACUUUCACAAAUGGUAUGCAUUUAUGGGGUAAUUUUAACGGUCAAACUGCUACAAUGAUCCAUUUAUCAAAAUUCGAAUUGUAAAAACUGUAAUGGUCAGGACUCUUAAGGCACUGUAGCUUCACAGGAUAGUGGAAAAGACAUACAUUAGGGGUAUUGUUUUAUUCAGAAGAGUUUGCUGAGCAUAAUUAUGGGGUUUUGAUCACAGUGGCACAUUCCAGACUUAAAAAAUGACCCCAAAAAAUGUAACGUGUAUGUAAAAAAUGGAAAAAAAAACAUUUUACCACAAAGUUUGAAAUAAAUUGGUGAAAAAAUGGCAUCACGUUAAGGCACAAUAUACACCAUAUGGGGGGGCGGAGCUUGACCACCGAGACAAGCGGUCGCACGGACAGAGAGCUCCGUGAGAAAAACUGAAAAUUUGCGGGAAAAACCCAGGCUGAGCACCCCCAAACCACAGCAAAGAUACACUACGCACCCCUGUGUGACAUGGGGCGAAAAACAAAAAAAACACCAAAAGAAAAAAACGCCCAGGGACUUACAAUCGGCGACAUGUGGAGACAGGCCCGCGAAAUUAACGAGACCAACAUGGCGGCGCUCCACGGCGGCUGCUCCGACUUUUCCGAAGACCUCUCCGGAGAGUAUAUGCCAGCCCCCAAGCUGGGAAAGCAGACACAGCCGACCAACACCAACCCAGACACCGCACCAGUGACUAUAUCGGUCCUCACGCAGCUUCUUGCUAACCAUCAUAAAGAACUGCAUAAUGAUAUUGCGGCACUACGAGGCGACCUAAAGGGACUAACAACUCGCAUAAACACACUAGAAAGUGCAACUGAAACUGUUACCCGAGACGUUUGGGAACUCAGACAAAACGUGCAAGAUCUCCAACGGCAACAAAAGCUACAUGAACACCGCAUGGCGGAGCAAGAAGAUGCCGGGAGACAGGAUAAUCUGAAAGUCAGAGGGAUCCCUGAAACGAUCCCGGACACAGAACUACCACAGGUGAUCAAGCGCCUCUUUGCAGUUAUACUGUCACCCACACAGGCUAACAAGAUUGUCCUUGCCAACAUAUUCAGGAUCCCCAAAUCGCCAAAAGCGCCAACCGAAGCCACACGAGACACUAUACUUACCUUUCAAACCAGACAGGACAAAAUAGCAAUCCAAGCCGCCCUGAGGGGCAAAACACCGUACCAAUUUGAGGGGAUGGCGGUGAGCUUCUUUGCCGACCUCUCGAGAGACACCCUGGCUUGGCGGCGAUCCCUCCAGCCACUUACCACGCUUCUCCGCCAAAGAGACAUCAAAUACCGAUGGCAGAAGACCCACAUUCUCAUCGUACAGCAGGGGCCGGACUCCUACCAAAUCAGGGAACUGACCGAUGCAGCUCCGUUCCUAGAGGCACUGGGCCUACCGCCGGACUCCCUCAUCCAGGCAGGCCAGAAGAGCGCAACCCCCCAACAACAACUCUCAUGGGACCCGGAGAGAUCCAUCCCGUUCAUACCGACAGGUCGUACACCCGACCCGUACGUGGCACUCACCACUUGAUUGAAUACCCGGUCCUACAGGGAAACAAACUGCUGAUCAGAUAAGCCGCUUGCUAAAGCGAAAAUUACCUUCCUUUGAGGGACACUGACCCAGAGUCUCUGGUAUUAACGAGGACUCCCCCAAGCUGGACAAUCCUAUACACCUGGUGGACACACGCUGAAAGAGACGUCCUAAAACGUGAGGGCAGCUGGACAAUACGCCCCCGACGGGACACUGUCAAAGCGGGUAAAGACCUGCGGCUAAGGUUACUCACCUUGCAGUAGAUACCCUUAUACGCUAUCAUGGUUGCCACCAGACGGCACCUCUAUUGUCUCCCCAACACGAGCGAGCGUCUUAGUUAAGCUUACAUUUCUGUGUUCCCCAUUUAGUCAAUUACCAUUGUAUUGCAGGACUGAGACACGCGUGAUUUAAUACGCCUUUGUUCAACCUUCAUUUAGCAGGGCACAUUUAACACUACACAAAAUACAGAACCAUAUGUACCCAAACACUGGGAAGUGUCUAUCCCAGCCCCACAUAACCUUGUUAUAGCCUGAUCAUUACUCCCACUGUUAACGGAGCUAUUUUAUGUUAUAGAUAACUCUUAGCAAGAAUAACAAAUACUGUUUAUUACCUAACUUAAUCGGAUAGAUAGACAUAUAACCUUAUGCUGGAUAAACGAAGGGCUACUUAGACCUGAUGUCGCUGUAUAGAUCGCAUGCCCCUCUCUCAAGAUUAGAUAAGCGUAGCUGAAUAUAACUACACCAACAUCAUAACACUAAAAAGUUGAUAAUUGCUGUGAACACCCAUCUUAAGCCACUGAGUUCAAUGCUGUUUUGUCCAUCCUGUACCACAUAUCGCUGAGACAUUUAUGUGUAUCCUAAUAUGCUAACAAAAAAUGUGCAAUGCCUAAAAUGCCAUAUUGUUAUCCUUUUGUGUGUAAAGUUCGAUUUGCUCAUGCUGUUGUGGCAAAGCAAACUCACCUGUUAAUCAUAUGCACAAAUAAAAUAAAGAAUUAUAAAAUAUACACCAUAUGUGAUAGACUGUAGUGUCUACUUUCACCAAUAAUAGGUCCUUGAGGGAUAAAUUCAACCGUUAAACUGCUACAAUGCCCCAAAAUGAGACUUGUCCCCAUCAAAUUCAUCUAUCAAAAUUAUCACUGUGAAAACUUAAAUGGUCAGGUCUCUUUUAUGGCACUGUAACUUCACAGGAUAGUGGCAAAGGUGUAUAGAUUAGGGGUAUCGUUUUACUCAUUAGAUAUGGCUGAACACAAUAUGGGGUUUUCUUCAGCAGUAAUAUAUAUCAGCUUUAUAAAAUACACAUUAAAAAUCCUUGUUUUUAUGUGUGUAUGUUAGAAAUCUGAAAAAACCCUCAAAUUUAAUACACUAUUUAGCAGAGAUUGGCGGCGAAAUGGCUAUGUAAAAAGUGUCAGAAUACCCUUUGGUAAAUAGCCUGUGAUGUGUGCUUUAUAUAAAUAUAUACUUUUGUGCGGCAAUUUUGCUUUCUCUGGUGGCUAUUAAGCUUACAAGACAAACAUACCAAAUUCUAAAAUAGCUCCACAUUAAAAUUUUAUUUUACUCCUUGUAUUUUGUGACCUGUAACUUUCAAAAUAAGCUGAAAUCCUAGACAUAUUAUGUACUCUGAAAAUCAGAACAACUAAUUGAAUAUUUUUUUAAUUACUUUCCUUAAGCUGCACUUAUUAUACACACGUUAUUAUUGCCUAAACUGUGAAAAAAUGUUUUUCAUUUUUUUGCAUUUUUUUAUAAUAAAUAAGAAUUUAUAUAUGUAUAUGUCACAUCAGAUUAAAGCCCCUUUUGUCCUUUAAAAAACAAUAUAUAACAUGUGUUGGUGCAAUAAAUAAGAGAAAUGCAAACGGAGGUUGAACACAAACAGCAAAAAAUGCAAAUACUGCUUGUGUUCUUAAGGGUAAGUCCAGUUUUUGAAGCUGCGUCCUUAAGGGGUUAACAUAUCCUCUAUAUGUAUACAUAUAUGUGACAGACCCAUCUGUAUGACUAUUAUUUGUCGUUUGGUCUAGUUUGCCUUCCUUUCGUGGAAAUUGCCUGUUCCUAUAACCCCAUGCGUAUGAUUGACUUUUUGCCGAAUAAAUCUACCGAACGGACAGCCAUCCAGAAGAGUAGCGUGCUGCUGGUUAACCUCUUGAUCCCAAUUAGAACGUUGUGGUUAACCGCAGACACCUCUUAAUUAUAACCGAACACAGGGUGGUCGUCGUUCGUAUGUCGACCACGAGGCGGCGGCCAUUUUAAACCACGCGAAAGACCAGCAGUGUUCAGCAUGGAUUCUAUGGAACUAAAAACAAACACUUUUUCUGCCGAACACCGCUGAAACUACAGACCACCCUUCUAAGUCAACAAAAGCAUGCGAACACCGGCCGUUCGGGAGUUUUGGAUUACAUAAAGAGACUUAACCCAGAUAGCCUUCCCAUGGAGACAAUCUCAUACCGAAAGACUGUAAAGACUUUGACUCCAUGGCGAUUGAACUAUGCGUAUGGGAUCUGAGCGCUAUUCGCUAAUAAUAUGCCCUCAGAUCCAGGCUAUCUGGGGAUACGUUACACGAAUGUAAUAUGUUCGGUAGUUUUGCAAUUAUUUAUUUUCAAGUGUUUUCUGGUGUUUUACUUAAAAUGGCGAUUUGUCUUCCUCCUGGAGAUAAUUGAAUUACUUCUCAAUUAUCUCCAGGGCAGAGGGGAGGAAACCAUGAUGCAUGGUGGGAAUCUUUUGUGCCUGUGUGUCUGAAAUAGCCAUAUGUCUGUCUGUCAUUACAGUCUCCCAUUUGGUCCCCUAGGGAAAUGUCCACCAAGUGGGAGACCUGCAUAAAUACAGGCGGGGAGCCCACAGUAAACCCAGUUCUUGUUUUACCCUCAAUGCAGAGCUUGGUCUUGUUAUUGGGGGGGGAUUUACUACACACGGUUAGCGACUGAUUGCUGGAAACGUAAGCCGCUUGGAGGAUAUACUUGUUCGGCGGUUAGCAACGAUUCGUGGAUUAUUGUUCGGGAGUUUGGAGCACUCUUACGGAUCCCGUUCGUGAGAUUACCGCUUUCCCCUGGUUGUGGUUCGUACGCUGAAUUAUAUACGAACGGAGAUGGCAAGAUUGUGAAGGGGAAAGCUCAACUAAACGGCGGUUUCACUCCUAGGUCUCCAGGGUGUCUUAACAAUAUACAAUUGGUUUUGUCUUUAUUAUUUUAUAAGAUACAAAACAACAAUGAGGCAUACAGCAAAAUCAGGUGCGGUAAAUACACAGAGAGUCCUUGGUAAAAAAAAAAAGUGAAAUCUAUCACAUCCUGUCACCUCCAGAGCCCACUUCCAUGAAAGCUGUUAAGUCUAGUGAGUGGGCAACGAGGAAAUUGGGUAACUGUCGAGGUUCAUACUAGGUAACGAGAGAUUAUGGCGUGUUCGAAUCAGAAGGAGGUUAAGCUUUCAUGGUAUAGAUCUUAAAUGAAUGGGUAACAAUAGAAUGCUGGUAACAACCUUGGUAAAGGGAUGUAGAGUGUAAGGUAAGAUAAUGCAGUUAUUCAACAGGCAAGAUAAAAAAGUUAGGAAAGUGAAAGAGAGAGAGGGACAAGAUUGGAAAGUCAGGGAAAGACUGAGAAAAAAAAACCAGACCCUCACACAACAUGACAAUCCAGCAUCGCCCCAUCUCCAGCAAUCCCCAACCCCAAGGAACGCAUGCAGUCACUGGGGCCCCAGAAGGGAGUACCAUGUGUACGCAUCAUUAAUAAUCAAGUCUUUCAGAUGGGAAGGAAGGGGCGGAGGGCGUCAAAAGACAGCAAUCCAAAGGUAAAGGACAUCUAAAGCACAAUGCUCAAUCUUGUUACAUAUUCCAACCAGGAGGUCCAGAUCCGGAUGCACUUGUCUGAGCUGCCCCUAAUGGCCGUUAAUUACUCUAUAUUGUACAUUUUCUCCACCUUGGUGACCCAUUGCUGUUUCCAGUGCAGGGUAAUCAGGGAAUUUGCGGCGUUCAAUAGGUGUUUGGUUAGGGACUUUUUGUGUGUAUCUAUGGGGGAGUUUGUGUGAUAUAGAAACAUAGGGAGCGGCAGAAAUGGUAGGAUGGAAUCUGAUCUUUUUCCCUUUAGUGUGUAUCAUCCUCAAGAAGGGCGUGAGGACAGGGCAGGACCACCAAAUGUGAAGCCCAGUGCCCAGAUCUCUUCCACACCUCCAGCAAUCACUAGAUAUCUCUGUAUUCAUGCAGUGUAGCACAUCUGUGGUCCUAUACCAGUUUGUCAGGAGUUUGUAGCUCGUUUCCUGAAAUUUAGAACUGAUAGAACACUUAUGGGUAAGGAUGAAUAUCUUGUCCCACUCCUGGUCUUUAAGCAUCACCCAGGGUUCCCUUUCCCAUGUUGUAGCAAACCUAAGUGAAACAUAGAAACAUAGGAUGUGACGGCAGAUAAGAACCAUUCGGCCCAUCUAGUCUGCCCAAUAGUGGCUGUCUUUUCCCACUAGUGGCUGUCUUUUCCCACUUGUCAACAGUAUGGUGUUUAACAGAGAGACCCCCCUACCAAUGUGCUCCUGAGAUGAGCAGACUGACUCAAACUGUGUCAGCUCUCUAUGGAAUAAGUGCCUGCCCUUAGCUAAAUUAUAGAAAGCCCAUAUCUGCAGGUAAUGGAACAGGUCCAGACCUGUUGGGGUGCGCUCACGGAGAGCUGUCAUUAUUUCCAUAGAAAAAGCAUGAAAGGCUUGUGCGCGAGUGCAACAAAACACCACACUGCCCCAAUAAAAAGUUCGCUCUGAGACCAUCUGAUAGAAAUAGUAGAGUUUUACUUUUCUAUUUCAUUGAAAACGCUUGAGUGACAGACACUAGAUGCAUUUAAACUCAGCAAUGUUUUCAGCUGCAAAGUUACAACUUGGGGGAAAUUAGAUGCCUAUAAUGCUCCUUUAAUGUAAAUUUAAAAGAAAACUGUCCAUUACAUUUAAGAAAAAAAUUCAACCCAAUUUAUGGAGCCCAAUGUUAUAUGCAAUGGCUUAAUUUCAAGUAAUGCCAAUUGUCUACCUUCAAUAGAUAGUUAUUUUGGGUUGUGUCAUUGGUACUUGGACAAGCAAAGGCAGAAGAAACAGUACGAAACCUGAUUUAGGUUCCCAGCUUUGUAAUAGAAUUGUUCACUUAGCCUUUUCUAUUUUGCUUCCUAAGUUUAAUAAUAAAAAGCCUUUUUUUUUUCUUAACUUCAACAAAGCACUAAGAUUUUCAGCAAGAAAGAUCAAAGUGCUAUUUGUUCAGAUACGGCAUGGGUAGGCCUUUAGAUGGAUACAAUGAUGAAUACAAGUGAAUGAAUCACUGUACUUAGAACUAAAACAAAAACUGCAGGAUCUGUAUCAUUGUACCUGCAAGCACAAUAAUUAAAUACAAUAUUCCCAGGGAGAUUGCAAAGAAUGGAAAUGGAGCUGUCUGCCCAUCGCACAAUACAACUGACUCAUAUUCCCCAUCUGCUUAUAGUGGAAGGAUGGAUUUAUGCUGAAAAACCAAAAUCGACCUUUUUAUACAAUGAGCAAUGCAGCAGUUGGAGCACAUUUUCAAUGUAAUGAUGUUCUUGAUUUAAAGACACACUUUGCUGAUUUUUUUGCAAACUGCAUAAUUUUGUAUGCUUUGAAAAUUUUAAGCAUUGAAUAACAUACAUUAAAUGAUAUCAUCAAAGCUUUGCAGAAAAUGGCUUUAGCAGCAGUUGCAUAUAUUCAGCUUGCUUAUUGACUGUCAAGUUGCCUGUUAACAGGGGGUGCAUGUAUUUUAGGUGUAGACAUCCCCCUUUCAGUCAAGUCGCCAUGAAUAAGCACUGACAAGUCUGAGUUGUCUUCCUUGUUUUCAUUUUGGGUCAUGCUGGGAGAUUGAUUGGAGGUUAAAACGUAAUUACCUGGAUACAUUUAAAAAAAAAAAAAAAAAAUUCUAUUUCCAGUUUUAGGUUUUCCUGGUUACAUGUGGAUUUAUUUCCAAUUCAUUAAUUUCAUACAUUUUAUUGGAAAACUCCAUUGUUUAGGAAUUUUCUUGUGGGAGAAGGGAUUAUCACUUUGAAAUUAAAUAUUUUCUAAUAUAUUGUAAGAGGGCUAUGUAUUAAUUAAUUCACACAUAGCAAAAUAUGCCACCUUUCAUGUGUUGAAGUGAGGCCGAAAACACAUUCCAGAUGAAGAUUUUGAUUAUAUUUCUCCCCCAACCCUGCAAUUUUAUAUAAUUUUGUCAUCUCAUUUUGUGGAGAAUAAGCCCCUUAGGCAUACAAACACGACUCUGUACAAACGCAGAUAGCUUCACCAGGACCUAUUCCCUAAAGUAUGAAUUGCCUGGAUUUCAAAGCAAAUUUUGCAAUGAAAGCCACAUUUCAAGCACCAACACCACUACAGCUCACUGUAGUUGUUAUAGUGCCGGUAGUACCACUACCCUGGUGCUCCCUAGUGUAAGUAGUCAAACAGAUUUAGAACCAUUUGACUUAACUGGCAUCAGCCAGGUACCGCUCCCUGCCUCCACUUCUAAUGAUGGAGAACCAAAAGUUCUCUGUCUGAACUACUAUUUGAAUUCCUGACAUUCACACAUUAGUGAAUAACCCUAUUUGACAGUUACAUCUUAGGAUCUGGUAGACACACACUGCUCGAAGACCUAUGUGUAGUGGACUUGCCCCAGUGAGAAGAAGGCUUUGUCAGUAAAGCUGGGAAAGUCCAUGAGUGACCUUGACCCCAUAGCUUUUGUUGGACUAAUAACUGAGACAUAUACCAGGAGCCUGCUAGAUCAGGGGUUCUCAACCCAGUCCUCAAGGAUCUUCUACCAGUCCAGGAUUUAGGGAUUACCUGGGUGUGUCUAAGGUGUUUAGAAAAGGAAAAAAAAAACACUUUAGACUCUAAGGUGUUUCUUUCCCCCUUUUCUAAACACCUUAGACACACCCAGGUAAUCCCUAAAUCCUGGACUGGUAGGGGGUCCUUGAGAACCCCUGCUCUAGAUCAUAGCAUUAGAUAGAAAUGCAGGAGGUUUCAAAAUAUUAACAGGGUGGAACUGAAAAACUUUGCAGUGGGACAUUUUCUAAAGUAGUUCUGAGCACAAAACUACCUUAUCUAUCAUAUCUACUAAACACAGCUUGAUUCUGGAUUGUUACACCCUCCAGCAACUAACAGAUAUAAAAUAGUAAUCCAAUGAAGAUAUUUAACUAAAACAAUUGGAAGUAGUCCCAUUCUUCAGAAGUCAGCCUAAGGCCUCACAGUCCAAGACAGGCUAACUGUAAUUUAUGUAUAUACGAGAAAAAACAGUCACUUAACACCUAAAUGUAAUAGGAAAGUGAAAGGACAGCACUUAUCUCAAUGGAUAGUGGUGGCAGCUUCCUCCAGUGAUUUCCCAGCAAUAAUCCCUUUAAAUACUGUAUGUAUACAAACAAAAGAGGAUACAGCUGCAGAUCUACAAAAUGAAUACAAAACAAAAUAAUAGUGUAAUACUGUUUGAUAAGAUGUAAAUGCGCUAUGUGGAAUAUAACUCACAAGAAGGAUGAAAUAAUAUCACCCAAGGGUGCCUCCCCUGAUGUGGAUGGGGGGGUAAAAAAAUACUCCUCCUGUUCCGAAGAUGACAGAGUCAGACUCAGGAUUGUAGAGUAGAAAAAUGUCUUCUUUAUUUAAAAUAAGUAUAAAAAUACAUAAGCUAUUAUAGUAUCAGGUCGUACACGUUUUGUCCACGAAGGACCUCCUGGCAGUGGCGUACACAUGACCCAUGGGACCCCGGUGCGAAAAUUGAUCCAGGGGCCACCCCCCACGCUUACUCGGCGCGGGUCGGGGCUGUGACCUCGCGACCGCUGUAUGCACACACACUUAAAGGACCACUACAGACACCCAGAUCACAUCAGCUCAAUGAAGUGGUCUGGGUGCCAGGUCCCUCUAGUUUUAACCCUGCAGCUGAAAACAUAGCCGUUUCAGGGUUAAUCCAGCCUCUGGUGGCUGUCUCAUUGACAGCGGCUAGAGGAGCUUCCGCGAUUCUCACUGUGAAAAUCACAGUGAGAAGACACUGAACAUCCAUAGGAAAGCAUUGAGUAAUGCUUUCCUAUGGGCGGUUUAAAUGCGCGCGCGCCUCUUGCCGCGCAUGUGCAUUCGGAGCUGAGAGGCGGACACUGGGGAGUCAGAUGCUGGAGAAAGGUAAAUGCUGAAGACACACACACACACUCUCACGAACAGACGCAUACACACUAGCUAACAGACACACACAUUUACUGACAGAGACACACUCAGCGACAGACAUACAUACACACUCACUUACAAAACAUACACUUUCACUGACAAACACACACUCACUAACAGACAUCAAACACACUCAGUAACAACACACACAGUAACACACUCACUAGCAGACACACACCCAAUAACAGACACACCCACUGACACACGCACACACACCUCACUAACACACACACACACCGACUAAACACAUACACACACACAACACACAUACACACACACCACACACACACACACAAACACACAAACACACCAACACAUACACUAACACACACACACACACACACAUACACACACACACUAACACAUACACUAACACACACACACACACUAACACACAAACACACACACACACUAACACAUACACUAACACACACUAACACAUACACUAACACACACACACACUAACACAUACACUCACACACACACACACUAACACACACAUACACACACACUAACACACACAUACACUAACACACACACACACAUACACUAACACACAAACACACACUUUUUUUUAAAUUUAAUCCCCCCAGCCUCCUUACCUUUUGGAGUGCUGGGGGGAUUCCCUGGGGGUCCAGUGGUGCUGCUGGGCUCCUGGUCACUGGGUGGGCGGGCUGUCUGGGCGGGCGGCCGGCGCGUGAGGGAGCAUUUUAAACUGUGCGCUUCCUCUUCAGCUCCCUCGCGCGCCGCGUAGGGAUGCCGGCGCCGGAAGAUGACGUUAUCUUCCGGCUCCGGCAUCAGUGCGGUUCGCGAGGACAGCCCGCCCGCCGGGGUCAGCAGGGCCAGCCUCGGGGGGCCUGGGGUGGCCGCCUCCUGGGCCCCCCAGGAGAAGAGGCUGGCCCUGUGGCUACAUACCGGGUCGCAGGGGCGGCCGGGCCCCCUGGUGGGCCGGGCCCGGUCGGAGCCGCGACCCCUGCGACCCUGGUAUGUACGCCACUGCCUCCUGGUAUUUAAAUUUAUAAAAGCAAUAACAAAUAUACAAAUAAGCAAUAUUUAUGAAUGUAAUAUUGUAAGGAGUCCUAAAAUUAAGAUAAUCUGCUUCCACAAUUCUACUGAGUUCAACUCUGACGGGUAUAGUGCACCUUCUACUAAGGGUGAUAUUAAGGAUUAGAAAAGCUACAAUUGUGUGAAGUGUUCUUGCCUCCACCAGUAGUCUACAACUGGAGUGAGAGGAGUAACUGGGUGGAGUGGCUUGAGUAACUGUUGUGUGGUUGGAGUGGCUGGAGUAACUGUGGAAAGGUUGGACUGGGCAGAGUAAUUUUAUGGAGUGGGCAGAGUAACCGUGUGGAGUGUUUGGAGUGAGUAAAGAUAGUAAACAUUACACUAACCAAUUGAUUGAUCAAAUUUAAAAAGUGCACAUGGCAAGCUUGAUAGAAUGAGAAAUGCAUUUCAAUUUUUAUUUAUUUAUAUAGCACAUUUAAUUGCAACGUUGUUGCCUAAAGUGCUUCACAGUUACAUUAAAACAUACAUUUAUAAAAACAUUAGCAGGUGUUCAAAAGGCCCUGUCUAUGACAUCACUUGCUGCUGCAGCCUGGCACAGGUCAGAGUGCUUUGGCGGUUGCCAUCUUCAAACGGUCAUAUUUUAUAAAUCCUACAGUGAAGAGCUUUAUAUUGUGAGAAUCACAAGACCCAGACCUACAUUUUGAUGCAUAGUAUGUCUCUGAAGUAUUAAAAAUGAAGGCACAGUCGCAGUUUAGAAAUUGCCCUUCAAAUAUAAGCUGGCUGGAGUGGAGUUUCAAUGAAUGUCAAUUGACGGCGUGAGUUGCAAACAAAUGGUCAUAUUGUGCAAACUAUCAGGACUAUGGCUUAGCCGUGGACAUUUUUAGUGGCAGCAGGGAUAGCUGAACGUUUUGAUAUAAGAUUUGUGUAGGUGGGCUUGAAAAUGAGGGAGUGGUGGCAAUUUAGAAAUUAUGUCCUGAUUUUUCAGCUUUUGCCAGCUCCCACUCUAGUUCUGAACAUUUUGCCAUUCAUUCCUAUGGGACCAAUUUCGCCACAAGAACGACGAUAUUCCGUGAACCAUUUGGCGAAACGUUCCACAAAGUAAUAGCAAUCCAAUAAGGAACAAUCCGCACGUUUCGGUAUAUUACGGUCUAUGUAGUGUAAAAACUGUGGGAGGAGUUAGGGUGGUAAAUUUGGCUAUAAUAAGAAUAAGAAUAGUAUAUAUGUGAGAUAACAUUAAGUGGUCUUGCUAUGCAAGAACACUUAACUAAUUUUGUGAUUUUAAAGAAGAACUUGGGUGCCACCAAGACGGUGGUGAUGAACUUGCAGCUGAAGGUGCUUCUUAAUUAUGGCCCUAAUAACUGGCCUUCAGAUGCUACUUGAUUAUAUUGUAAAUAUGUUGGGACCUUGCUGCUGUACACCUGGAGAAUAACCUCUUCACAUAGAGAGAGUGAUCCUACAGCCGUAGUGGAUGACACCCAAUUUAGGAGACUUGUCUUGAUGAAGAGAACUUCAAUCAACUAUGAUUCAAUUUACCUAAAACAAAUUCCUAUCACACAAUCACAAUUUCUCAGGAUUUGCCAUACCAGUCCCCCCACUGUUGACAAAGCUGUUCAGUGCUUCAUCAUUGUAAAAUCUUGUAUGGUUGUGGACCUCAGAGACAGAGAUUCAUAAAGACUAACAAUUGUAUCUCUUCUCUCAUUUUCUGUGAAGAUGUAGCAUGGUUUGUGUCAUCAACAUACAGAAGCCUAAACAGGUCAAGGAACUUGCCCAAAUCCCAUAGCGGUUUCUCCAUGGAUAUUCUCUGUGAGCCCCAAGACCCUUCUUUUUCUUCUCUCUGGUUUGCAUUUAAAUGUAUUUUUCUGCAAUCUAAUUAAGUACGUGUAUUUUGAGCAAACAAAUUGCUUUAAUUUAGAUGGAUUCUAUGCAGUUUGCAAUAUCAGGUUUUACUUUUUGACCAAAGUUUAGGCAGGACAGGUUUUCACUGUCCUUUCCCCGCAUCCUGAUUUUGCUACGUGGUGUCUCCCAUCUGUGGACAUUAGGGAACUGUACCCAGCCAGCACAGCACAAAUGCAUAAUUAAAACAUCAUUAGACGUGCUCGUAAUAUGUUGUGGGCACUAAUCUUCAGCAGCACUCUUUGAACAGCCUGUCCUGACUGACUGUUAGUCAUCCUGGAGUGCAUUCACACCAGGCUGAUGUGCAUCUUUUAUAUGUGGUCCAGUCUCCCUUUCCCAGGUGGGGCUGCCAAUUUUGGGUGUUGCCAAUGAUGCAACUUGAUUCACUGGCACAAACCUAGCCUUAACCAGUCCCAUUUUCACAACCGCCAAAGCUGGGAGGUUUGAAAAGAUAACAGUACUCUCAAAAGAACAUGAAAGCCCUCUAUGCAUUUUUCACAGUGGCAAAAAGCAAGCAAAAGUAGUGUACAGCCCAGAUGCACUUCCCUCCUGUUCUACGUUGUUGUAAAACUUGAGGAUUGUGUGUUUUCACAUUUCUAUGUUUCAUGAGGUUUUCCAUCAGGACACACCUGCUAUGUUGCAGUGAUGCAUAAACCAACACUUGCAUAUUAAAAUAGAGCUACAUGCUAAUAUCCACACUAGUGAAGAUGUAUCUUUUACACGUGCUAGAUUGGGCUCACUUUAAGGUCCAACUAGGAGUUGUUUCCAAGUAAACAGAUGUGUGAAUACAUCCUUCUAAAUGCCAUCUACAGGAAUAGAACCAUAGUAGGCUAAAAUAUUACAGCAUAGACAAUAUGAUUCCAUUAACAGGGAAACAUUAGUCUGAUUGUUUAAAGUUUGUUUCUGAGUGUUUAACUUUACUCCUAAGUAUUAACUUGCCUCGCAUGCCUACUGUCAGUUCACCACUAAAGCAGCUGUGUAAUAUAUUAAUUGCUCCAUUUCUGCUCUGGAAGGGUCACAUUUGUUGAGAUAAAUCUAAAAAUUACACAUUGACUUAGCACAAACAUUCUACUUUAUCAUAAUAAACUAAGCGUCUUUAGUAAUGUAAUAAUAAUAAAAGCAUUUUAGAGAGUUAUUUGGGUUUGAAUAAGGAAAUAGCUUUAAAUUUUAGUAUGAAAUAAAUGAUUUUGUAUUAUGGACUAAGUUUGUAUUGUUACAUGCAAUAUUUAUGUUUCUAGGAUUGCUACCUCAUCAUCUGUAAAAGAAGUGUAAAAGUAAUAGUCUGCAGUGCCUAUAGUAAUGUAAUAGAACGCACAGGUAAUAACAUGUAUAUUGUGCUUGCUUAGAUAUACAGGAAAUAUGACAAAUUAAAAGUCAAUAAAAGAUAAAAACUGGUUCUUCCUGCUGGGAGGCCUGAAACUGCAUGGAAACAUAUACUCUAUAUCAGGCUUCCCCAAACUCCAGCCCUCCAGAUGUUGCUGAACUACAACUCCCAUGAUUCUCAGCCUAUUUUAUCCAUAGAAUUAUUGUAAGCUCACGGGCCAUCUAGCUAAGCACUUUGUGUAAAAGAGCUCCAAUGGCUAGAUAUCAGCUUACGGGCAGGGCUCUCUUACCUCUUGUAUUUGUUUGUGUAUAUUGUACGUUUCUCAACUAAUUGUACAGCGCUGCGGAAUCUGUGUGCGCUUUAUAAAUAGCAAUAAUAAAUAAAUAAAUCAUGGAAGUUGUAGUUCAGCAACAUCUGGAGGGCCAGAGUUUGGGAAAGCCUCCUCUAUAUCAUGUACGAAUAUAAUUUGGGCCAUUAAAAAUAUAUAUAUACACAGGUAAUACAAUGUUAAACAAAAAUCUGCACACCAGUCAAGCCAUAAGACUUGCUUUUUCCACAGAAAUCCCAAAUCUUCAGUGAUGUUACAACCGCAAAGGAUUCUGGGUGGGAAUAUGCAAAUUAGUUUCACAAAUAAUCAAAUUUUUGCUUCAUUCCAUUUUAAACAUGGAUUCCUUUUAAUCUGUGUUUGCAUUAUACAACUGCUUGGAACACAAUUUAGGAAAAGAUGCAAAACCAGUGAACCACUCAUGGACAGCUGUUUCAUUGUUAAUGCAACUCUUCAGCAUGAGGUUGGUUACUGGUUUGCGUAUUGAGGCUUGGUAGUGCUUGGGAAGCAAAAUCCAAAUAGGUUAUGGUGGGGAAAAAUUGUGAAUGAAAACCCCUUCCACCUGAAGUCUGUGGAUAGUUAUUACAAUGUUAAACAAAAAUCUUUGUUUAACAUUGUAUUAACUAUCCACAGACUUCAGGUGGAAGGGGUUUUCAGUCACAAUUUUUCCCCACCAUAACCUAUAUACAUAUAUAUAUAUAUAUUUUGUUUUUUUGUUGUUGCAGUUUCAUUUGGCCAAAGGUGUCUCUGAUUCUUUAUACUAUUUUACUUUCAAACACUUUAUAUGAGAAAGAAUAAGAAUAUCCAGCAUAAACCUUUAAGUCCACAGUGAAGUUUCGACCACACACAGCCUUUCUCAAACCCAGUGGUAACUUGAAACAGUGUAGGUAUAAGCAGAACUCUAAUUGACAAAGGGGUGGAGCACCACUCUCAGUUACCUAGAUCAUGUGAUAAGACAUGUGAACACAGAAUAUAAACACACUGUCAAUGAAUGAAUAAUGUGCAACACUGGGUUUAAGAACGGCCAUGUGUGUGGCCAAAACUUCACCUUUUACUUUGGAACCUUAAUAAUGGAUCUAUGGACUUAAAGGUUUGUGUUGGACAUUUUUUAUUCUAUCUAUUUUAUUCGAUCUAGAUUGUUGGCUGGUGGUGGAGCCAGGAUCCGUGCCCUCUAAAGUGACCUGUAUCUUCAUUGUUUAUUUUUAUACAUUUAGACAUUGCUAGGGGGAGAGAGAUAAUCAAGUUUGGAGUCCAGCGUGGGCUUCUGACAAGAUCGAGGUCUGUUUUUAACACUGUUUCACUGCUAACCCCAAGUCCCUGUAAAAAUCCAUAAAUGGAGGUGCAGGUGGAAAUAAUACCACUUGCAGAUUUUCCACUAGCCCCUUUCAGUUAAAUUAUUGUAAAUUAUGUCAUUAUUGGUGUAGCAAUGAUUUAUUAUACAAGAGGCAGAAUAUUAAAAGACAAACAAAUAUAAGGUUCAAGGGGUCAUAAAAUGUACAGUAGGGUGGAACCUUCUUGGUUUUGCCACCUAGCAAUGCCCCUGGUAUAUAAAAACAAAAAGUCCCAUUUGCACUGGUUUUGACCCUAAAGAGCACCUAAUUUCACCGGCAGUGCUCUAUUCUGUCCAGUCCAUCCCUGCAGAGGUAUUAUAAAUGGCAGUUUCCCAGCAGCCCUUGUGGCUUCAUUCCCUUGUGUUCGGUUGUCCGUCCCCCCUUGUUCGUCCCCCGAAUGACUGUUGUGGUCCCCCUUUUUAUACCUUACCGAACACGACCUCCCCUGGCUGUUAACCACAAAUUAACAACUUGACUCAUUCGCUCGAGUGCUUUCCAUGGGUGGACGCCAUUCUUAUAACCGAACGCACGUGGUCCAGUGCAUGGCUGCCAUUUUAUCUCCCAAACACAGGCAUCGGUACAUGGUCGAAUGCCUGGAACUAUUUUCGGCCACGCGAGUCCGCGAACCCGGGCGGAGUUUGUACCGCUGCCCGUUCAACUUCCCGACCAUCUCGACGAACCACGGGUGAAUAGAAGGGUAGGUGGAAUAUCAGUACUUGCAAUUGUAGUAUGUGGCUGCUGAAACUUCCCAAAAAGCAGAGUCUCUUCUUUUCUGGUGGUACAAUGGAUGUAGGUAGUAGGAUCAGGGAGCAGCGCCUGUGAAGGAAUUCCCACGCUCAGAGCGAUAUGGAGGAGGGAAGGAAAAAGACACGGAUAUAGUGUAGUAUAUUGAGAUCUUAAGUGAUGGUAAAUGAAGGGAAAGGAAUUGCACUUACAAUUUUCUGGAGCCUAUACUCAGCUCCAGAUAUGUGCGCCUGGCCGGUACAAUCCCCACAUAUGGAUAUGUAGAUGGUCCUUGGAUGUCCUUAAAAAGGGGGUUUCCAGUGGUGGUAGGGUAUAUCUCCUUUCCAAUGGCAGUAGGCCGGUAUUCAAAUAGUUGGUGAUAUAUAAAAAGGAUAAAAACACAAAAUAGUGCUCUCUGGAUAAUACAAAAUAAAAUGAUUUUUUUUUAAAUGGAGAUAUACUCACAAGUGAAGAGCAAAUAGGAUAUUGCUCAAUAUAUGUAGGUGUAGGUGGUAUGAUCCCCACCAAGGAUAUCACUCCUCAAGUCCUCCAGUGGGGGUGUUGGAGAGAGUAAAAGGAAUUAUAUUAUAAAAUAAAAUAAAAAGGAUAGGCUUGGAGGCUCCAAUAGCAUAAAUGAGCUAUCUUUAUUGGAGAUAAAAAAAAUAGUAACAUAAGACAGCUUUAAAAAACACUAACGCGUUUCUCCUGCAAAGAGGCUUUAGCAAAGUGUUACAGCAUCAGAGGCCUAUCCUGUUUAAAUAGCAGAUACAAUUGAUUACAUCAUUACAAUUAGUGACAUCAUCAAUCAUGUGAUACAGAAAACAUUAAAACGUAUUAAUUUAAAAACAAGCAAUAAUACAGUGCAGAUGGGAGGGGGACAUAAAAUGGGUAUAAAUUAUCAAAUGGAUAAACAUAAAUCUUAAAAUUGAGGAAGAUAAAAGAAUGAUCUCUUUUUGUGCCAUAGAAAAAGUAUCCCCCUCGUGGCGAGGAGGCAACCAUCCAAAACGUCUAGGCAAAAAAGAGAUGAAUUGGGUAUUCACACUAGACACUUUGGUACCCCAAGGGUUAAACGUAGAUUUUGAUCUGUAUAACUUUUUGUAAAUAAUAAUGUUACUUGGUCCUCUUUCUUGAAUAAUAUGUUUAACCACACCCCUUUUACAUUUGCCAUAGGUACCAAAGUGUUUAUUCUGUUAUUAUAAACAAUGUAUGUCUCCAUUUAUGAUCUCAAGGUCUCUCACAUUUAUUUUAUCUGAUCCUUUUUCUUUUAAACAGACUUUUAAUCACACCUAUUUUACACUUGCUCAGAGUUUUUAUUCUGUAUUUUUUAAAUGUUCCAUUCUCCUAGUACUGUUAUUUUAUGUUUUAGUUAUAUUCCUUUUUACUCUCACUUCUAGUUUCUUUUAGGCAUGUAUUUCUUCCUUUUACUACAUUCCCCAUGAUUCUAUGGGGUAGAAGGAGAAUCCUGUCGUCCUUUAGUCUUGCCAGCCUUCUCCCCCUGUUUCCUCUCAGUUCAGGUACUAAGUGUUUCCUAUCUCCAUGACAACGUGACCCGGUCAGUCAUGUGACAGGUCAUGUCUGUCAUUCCCACCAUAAGGCCAGCCCUCCCUUACCCCCCGGACUACAAGACUGUGUAGGGAUGGUCUCCAAGGCCAGUUGAUCAUGUUGGUUUGGGUUGGGGGGUCACCAUUUUGUUUGUUUGUUCUUUCUAAAAAAAAUAAAAAAAUUGGUGGUAAAGUUGGAGAAGGAAAAAAAAAAUUCCUCUUCCUUUACUUUCUUUCUAAAAAAAAUAAUCGUUUUCAGCAGGGAGACAUCUCUUUCAUCUCCCCAUCCCCUAUACUAGGGAUUUAGGUACUUUUGAUAUAGGGAAAAUUAGGCCAGUGGCAGCCAUGUUGGUGUCCCCCAUUAACAUAAUUUGGCAGCCAUCUUGGUGCCCUUCUUAAAAACCACCACAUCCUCUUCUUUUAUCUUCCUUAAUUUUAAGAUUUAUGUUUAUCCAUUUGAUAAUUUAUACCCAUUUUAUGUCCUCCUCCCAUCUGCACUGUAUUAUUGCUUGUUUUAAAUUAAUACGUUUUAAUAUUUUCUGUAUCACAUGAUUGAUGUCACUAAUUGUAAUGAUGUAAUCAAUUGUAUCUGCUAUUUAAACAGGAUAGGCCUCUGAUGCUGUAACAUUUUGAUAAACACUUUGAUAAAGCCUCUUUGCAGGAGAUACGCGUUAAUGUUUUUAAAGUUGUUUUAUGUUACUAUUUUUUUAAUCUCCAAUAAAGAUAGCCCAUUUAUGCUACUGGAGCCUCCAAGCCUAUCCUUUUUAUUCUAUUUUAUAAUAUAAUUCCUUUUACUCUCUCCAACACCCCCACUGGAGGACUCGAGGAGUGAUAUCCUUGGUGGGGAUCAUACCACCUACUUGUGAGCAUACCUCCAUUUAAAAAAAUAAUAAUUUUAUUUUGUAUUAUCCAGAGAACACUAUUUUGUGUUUUUAUCUUUUUUAUAUAUCACCAACUAUCACCAACUAUUUGAAUACCGGCCUACUGCCAUUGGAAAGGAGAUAUACCCUACCACCACUGGAGACCCCCUUUAGGGCUCCCCUAUAUCUUGUAAGUUGGUUCUAGUUUAGAAGCCAGGAAGGAAGUAGAUGUGGGACAGAGGUCUCAGAGAACAUAGAUGUUGGGUCAUAGAUGGGGGGGCCCAGGAGGCAGUAGUGAGCCAAAAGCGAGGAUAAGAGUUUCGUAGUCAGGGUAAGCCAAGGUCGAGGGCAGGCAGCGCAGGUUCAGAAACGGUAUAACAGGCAGAUAGGUUAAGGGCUGGAUAAGACAGUAUUCACAGAAGUGUAAAUACCGAAGAGCACAGUAUAACUGAGCACUAAGGUAGAGGUUAGUUGGGUUUAUAUAAGGGAGAGGUAUCCAUCUCUCACAUAUCAUUGGUUAAACAGUAAUUAGCCCUUUGGGAUGUUUCAGGUGCCUAGAGUGAGUGCAGUUUACAUGUGGGUUCGUCUGGUGCUUCCGCGGGUGCGGCGUGGCGAGCCGCAGCACCGCGGCCACGAGUCAGCGGGAUGCCGACCGUCUGUCCUUGCGGUCAGACCCGUCGGAGUCCUGGGCGUGCAGCGAAGAGAGACCGCCACAGGAGUGGACGGAGAUGCGGAGGGGGACCCCCAGGUAAGCGUGGUCGUGACUGUAGACUACACUACAGGAAUUCUGUGAAUGCUGCAACAGCAGCCUGCAAUGUCCUUUGUAUUUCAGAUACUGGGUGCAGCUAUACUUACUGUAUGACAUCAAUUAAAUCCCAGGCAGUGUAACAGCCAGAUUUAUUGUUUAUUUUUCAUGCUUUUACAAAUGACAUUAUACAUUCUUAUUGUUGUCUGUUCCAUUUGCCAGAGUAUCCAUUUUUCAUACCAGUGCCAUUUUAGAGUAUUCCAUGACUUACAAUUCAUAGCAAAGUAUAGUCAUUCUCACUGCCUUUUCCAGAUUACAUGACUUCGAUUCUUGACUGCUUUCUCACUUGAGAGAGUGCUGCAAGGCCACAGUGAGAAAAAAACCCCACACAUUUUUCAAUCAAAAGUCACGGAUAAGCCUCACAAAGGAUUUUUCACAGUAAAGGCAAUGCCUGUACUCCACAAGAAAAUCAAACUAAACUGCAUGUGCUUUACUAGAGUAAAUUACUAUCAAACCUAAGUGUUAUUUUAAAUCCAUAUCCUAUUCCCUUGGUAUUAAAAAAAAGCACGCAAAACGCACAUACUGAGCUAUUUUGUGAUGUGUUGUAAAUUGGGGCGGCUGAUGUAAAACAAACGUACAUCAAAGCACAUUAUACCAUAAUUUAAACACAUUCUAUCAUUAACAAAAUAUCCUGACGGAUUUACAGUUUUGUCUGUGUCGAAUUUCAGACAAGCAUUUCCUAUUGUUUUUCCCUCAAUCCCAGGGAGAUCUAACAUCCCACAAUCUUACUAUACUCAUUUAUUUAUUUUACUUUGGGAAAUUGCUUACUUAGUCUCCAUGCCAACACAAAAAAAACACACAAAUACGUUUACAGGGUUCCCCUCUGCAGGAAACAAAAAAGAGAACUUUUCUAUUUUUAAGUAAAAAUGUUGCACUAAUGACCAUUUCAAUUCUUAUGAAAGUUUGAAAGUUUUCCAUAUUUAACUUGACAAUCUUGAGCAAUUAUGUAAGUUUAGGUUGCUAUAGAUUGAAUUUCUGUGUUUUAUUGUUACAGUUGUCACGUGCAUGGCUUUUUGUUGGGUCAGUUAAAUAUUUAUACAGUCUCUAGCCAAUACAAGUUCCUUCCCUGAGCUAGUCGUACAUUGAAAGACCAGUGAAGUGGGAAUAUGGUUAUUUAGUUUUCUGUUUGUGUUACUAACAGUCUUAUUAAAGUAUUCCACUUUAUCAGUUGACAUAGCAAAAGUUAUUUUAUUACAUUCACUUAGUAUUCAGAAUGCCUGAAAUUUAUUUUCUGCCCUAGUGAUAUCUGAAUGGAUUCAGGGAUAUUUAUGAUUUAAAAAAAAAACAAAAAAACAUAUUCUAGCUCAGAAUCAUGCCCACAUGUCCAAGAGAUCAUAAGGGAGUAUUUGGGUCUGCAUUAAAGUUUGAAAAAAUUAUUAAUGAUGACUGCUCACAAUUCUGUUGGUUGAGGUGUAUAACAGAUAGCUUUGGGAGAGGGCCUGCCUGGGUAGCCCGUAUGCAGAAUGCUCUAAAUUGGCUCUACUGCCUUUAGAGGGUCUUCACAAAUUUUGCAACAGCCUCCAAAGGUGAGAUCCCCAGUUGGUGUGCGGCAUCACUGGAUGAAGUUAAAGGAAUUUCUACUUAGUUAAACCACUCUCUUGUGGGUGAUGCCAUCUUCUUACUACAGCUAAUGGAACUUUAUCUACCAUCAGCUGCUUCACUGCUGUUCUCUCAAACAUUCAGAAGAGUACAGAACAGAGGUCCAUAGAUCAUCCAUAGCCCAACUUUCAUAAUGUAGGAGAAGAUGUCUGUUCCCAACAGCUGUCGCUAGCAAUUUUUGUAGGAGUUUACAAGACGUCAUUGUGGCAGCUAUGCCUUUUGUCAAGUUUUGUCAAGUUCAGGCUUGAUCAUAAGACAACCUAGUCCCUAUUUUUGUUUUAUUGUGUUAGAAUUUCAAUUAAAUUCCAGCAGUCAAUGUGAGUAUUUCACAAAUAUUUUAUUUUUAUGACCGAGCCUCUUUAAGUGUAAUUGUAUGUUCAUAUAUGACCAACAUUAGCCUCACAUAGUGCAAGAAUGUUAAUGAUGUACAUGUGUCUCCAUUUCUUGAGAAUUGUUCUCUUAUUGUUUCCCGGUGUGUUAGAAGGGUGACAAAUCUGUACUGUACCACUAGAUCCUGCUUUAUGACAGCAAUUCGAGAAAACCCAUUUUUAUUGUUUUUUUCAAAUUGCCAAGUUUGCCAAAAACCAAGCUGCCAAACCUCUCUUUCUAAAAUCUGACUGUGAAUCUAAAAAUGCAAUUCACAAACAUCACUGUAUCAUAUUAUUGCUGCUGGACAGGAUAAGGUGCAUAUGCAUCUAGUAGUUACAAAAAAAAUAUACAUCUUGUAGUUACUGCGUUUGUUUGCAAGAUCUUUAAAAUACAGAAUUAUUGUAAGGCUAUGGUAGCACAAUGGCGGAUCCCCCGUGAAAAUAUGUUGAAAAUCCUUUCAAGUUUAAGAGGCCCUGUCAGCUCGGGCCCCUUACAUACAUACUGAACCGGUGGGGAGAUCAAAGAUCUUCCUCGCCAGGUCUUUGCAGAACUGUGUAGCAUGAAGGGGGGCAGGAGCGACUCAGCUUUCACCUCCGCGGCUGGCCGAGUCCCGGCUUUCAGCACGCUCGAUUCCACGUGGUGCUAGGACUCACGGGAAGAGCUUUCAUCCCGCGGAGCUACUCUUACCUCUUAGACCCUAGAGUACCACCGGACCACCAGGGAAUACAGUGCCACCGGAUCACCAGGGAAUAUGCUGCCCCCUUCCCUGGAUGCAGAUAAGAAACAGGAGAGGAGGGACACUUAAAAAAUAUAAAAAUAAAAUAAAUAUAAUAAAAUUGAAAAUCAGACCCUUAUCCUAGCAUGCAAAGUCUCUCUCACACUACACACUCUGCACCCCUCACAAUCAAUCACACACUGCACCCCACACACACUGCAUCCCUCACAACCACACACUGCACCGCUCACAAUCACAAUCACACACUGCACCCCUCACAUGUUUAUACCUCCUCCGUGAUGUCGCAGGAGUGGUAAGCAGACUCGAAGGAGACUCAGCAUUUGAAAAGGGUGUGUAAAACCCUUGAUUUUAUUAUUUUUAUGGCACACACAGGGGGGAGGGAGUUUUAUUCCUCACUCUUUAGUGUUCCUUUAAGUUGUAAUUUAAUAAUACUGUGCUUGAUGUUUAACUUUCCAUUUAACAAUAACCCCAGCUGUGCAUUGUGUCCACUUCAUUUGCCUUGCAUUGUGUUGUGUGCAAGGAAUUAUUGACCAUUCUGCCAACUGAUCUGACUUCUUCCGCUUUUGUCUUGUUAUUAUGCUGCAAUUUAAUGGUGUACUUUUAUUCAUAAAACCACACUAUUUCAAUAGAUAACAGUCACUCAACCUAUUUAAUCAAUGUUACUAUUCCAUUUAUAAGCUUCAGUAAAUUCUGCAAUACAACAUGUCUUUUGUGUGCAAUUGUUCUAUUCAAACCUCAGAAUUAUUUGAUUCUAGAUCUUUUUUUUUUUACAAUAGAUAUAUCCUUUGCAAAUAGUUUUUUUUUGUUGUGUCUGUGUUUUGUCCCUUUAUGUAGACACUAUGGGUAUGGUCCUGUACAGUAUAUACGUCACCUCUAAGCAGGGUUUCCAGAUCUGUGAAGCUGAUGAAUUCUGUGCUUGAAAGUACUGGAAGGCAGAAUGGUGAAUUUUGUACUUCUAGCAGACCUGACUUGGAGGGCAUGUAUGUUAUGAAACUAUUAACACAAUUCAUUUGCCCAUGAAGGGCAUGUAGGACUAGAAAGACUGCAGGCUCUCUUAGGACUGGCCAUACAUUAAGUUAGGACUGGCCAUACGAUAAAUGAGAAACAUAGCUACAUAGAACGUGACGACAGAUAAGAACCAUUCGGCCCAUCUAGUCUGCCCAAUUAUUUGCAUAUGGAAUCUCAUUAUAAGUGCAUGUCUGUAUGCAUGCUUGUGUAUCUUUUUUUCCAAUUUCUAUUUAUUGAAUGUUUUUUGUCUUACAUUUUGAUUCACAGCAUGUAAACACAGGAUUCAAGCAUGCCAAGGUGCAAAUAUAGUCAAACAUAAGCCUGAAUCAAGGCUCCGUUAGAAGAAACAACUGAGAGAAAAAUAUGAUAUUAUUUAACUUUAGUUAAGUACUACAAUAUCAUAUAAUAAGAUUAGUUUGGGCUCUCGAUUUACCCCUGACUUGCACUGCCCUUUCAUUAAGUCCUCCCAACCCUACAUAAAAUAAAUAUUAGUGCCUAAACUAUUUUCAUUUUAAAUAGAGCCUACAAAGGUUAGAUGUUAGAUCAUAUGUUGGUAUCUGACUCACUGAUGCCAGAUUACUACUAUUAUUAUUUAUAGAAAGACAACUAAUUCCACAGUGCUGUAAAAGGUUGGACCAACAGAGAAGUAGUUGCAACAAGACAAGUUAGACAUACAUGAAAAGGAGGUUCUGAGAGUCCUGAUCAAACAAGCUUACAUUCCAAGGUGGUGGGGUAAAAUUACACAAGAGGUAAGGGUAAAAUGUAUUUUGUGUAAUGGAAAAGUAGGUAGCUAGAAUAGUUUCCAAUGAAGGUUUAGGUUUUUUUUUUUUAGAUGACACAGUUGCAGGACAAGAGGGGGGUGUGUGAGAUGUGGGGAGGAAAAGUUGCUAACAGUUUAAUUGUUAGGUCUUCUUGAAGAAGUGAGAUUUCAGAAUUUUUUUUAAGGAAUGGAGACCAGGUGAGAGUCUAAUGGAGCAAGGAAAGGAGUUCCACAGGAAUAGUGCAGCCCUAGAGAAGUCUUGAUGGUGGGAGUCAGAGAUGCAAAUGAAAACAGAGGGUUGAUGCAGGCCUUCUGCAGAGCAUAGGGGCCUGGAAGGCACAUACUUGUGUAUUAGGGAGGAUAGGUAGGUAGGAGCAAGUUCUGUAAGCAAGUAACAGAAAUUUUAAUUGAGUCCUAUAUCUUACAGGAAGCUAAUAUAAGGUCUGACCAAGGGAGAGGCAUGGGAGCUGCAGGAGGACAACAAGAUGAGCCUUGCUGCAGCAUUCAUGAAUACUGUAACGGACCGAGCUGGGAGUCCAUCAGACUAUUGAGAAGCAGAUUGUAGUACAGAUGGGAGAUGAUAGCAGCAUGGAUGUGAACAUUAUUUGCAUCUAGUACUAGGUAGGAGAGGACGUGAACUAUGUUUCUGAGAUGGAAGCAACAUCUCAAAAACAUAGUUCGCAGUAAAUUACUGGAUAUGAGGGGUAAAGGACAGGUUAGAAUCAAAGAGAACACCAUGGCAGCAAGCGUGAAGUAGAGCUGUGUAGUGUCUCUGAUAGCCUUGGAAGCCAUAGUGCUUGAGAAUUUAGUUUUGAAAGAAUUGAAUAGGAGAGAAAGAACCAGAAAUGGAAACACUGAAAGAGAUAGGAGGAGAAACAGGAAAGAGCAGAGUCUUGUAGACCGAGGUUGGAGGAUGAGAAGAAGAAGUUGAUGAUCAACAGUGUUGAAAGCAGCAAAGAGGUCAAGGAGGAUUAGAAGGGAGUAGUGGCCACUGGAUUUUGAAGCAGUUAAGUAAGUGGAUAUUUUGGCUAGAUCCAAUAAUUUUUCCGGGACACAAUGGGUACACAAGCUGAUGGGCUGCAUAUGACAUUGGUUGAUUUCCUAUGUUUCCUUAAUCAGUGAGCAAUGCUGACAAACUGCCAUGAUUAUUAUAUUAAUAUGAAACAAACAUAUGAAUACUUCAUAUUACAGAGCAAAAAAUUUCAACCAUUGUCUUCAAAAUGAAGAAGCAAUGUGCAUCCAGAAAAAUAUAUAACUUGACUAUAUCUGUGGAUUUGAUGGGCAUAUAGGAAUGCACUGUCAGCAAACCAGUCCUAGUUUCAACCAAAGGGCACAUGAAUAAGAAGUCAAAUUUGUCUUUUGCUUUCAGAUACAUUGCAACAUUUCCUCCAGAUGUCCCAGGUCUAAUAAAAGCAUCAACACAGCAAGGGCAAUGUUUUGUGUUUCCUGCGUUGAAGGAUUAUAAAUCUGAUUGCAAAAUAUAUAUAUCUUAUUUCAGCAAUAUCUAGUUAAAAGGAACACUCCUGUCACCAUAACAACUUCAUCUAAAUUAAGAAAUGAUGGUGCCAGGAGGCCCCAGGGUGCUUUCUUAUCUUGAUGGGUUAAACUGUUCUUGAAUGGUUUAACCCCAAAGACUUCCUUUAGCACCAGAUUUACCAGUUCCCCUGCAGCAUACGGCUUUCAAUACAGAGUUUCAGGAAGCAUGCACUACCACCGGGCAGGGGCACACUGAUUUGGUAGAGCAGUCAGCUGAUGCUCUAAGCCAAUCAGUAGCUACCCAUUCAUUAUAUAUAUAAAUGGAGAACUAUUGAUUGGCUUAGAAUAUGAGCUGACCUCUCUAGGCAAUCAGCUGUGCCCCUGUCUGGUGGUACUUUGUGCUUCCUGAAACCCAAUUUCAGAAGGAUCAGGAAAUCUGGUGCUUGAGGCAGCCACUGAUAUAGUAAAGUUAUAUAUUUUUAUGGAUACACAUUGCUUCUUCAUUUUGAAGUACACUGUUUGAAGUGUUGUGCUCUAUAAUAUGAAGCAUUCAUAUGUUUCAUAUUAAUAUAAAAGAUAUAAUAAUGAUGGCAACUUUUUAACUUUGCUCAUUGAUUAAGGAAGCAUAGGAAUUCGACAUAUGGUCAUGUGCAGCCCAUCAGCUUGUGUACCCGUUGUGUCCAGAAAAAAUAAAAAAUUGGAUCUGGCCCUGACCAAAUUAUCCAAUUACUUAAUUGCUGCAAAAUCCAGUGGUCAUUACUCCCUUGUAAUUCUCCUUAAUCUCUCUGCUGCUUUCAACACUGCUGAUCAUCAACUGUUCAUCCUGCAACCUAGGUCCACAAGACUCUCUUGUCUCUCCUGGUUCUUCUACCUCCCCCAGCGCUCUUUUAGUGUCUCCAUUUCUGGUUAUUUCUUUCCUACGCAACCUCUCUCUGUUGUUGUUCCCCAAGUUUUGGUCCCUUACUUUUCUCAAUCUAUACUACCUCCUUUGGUUAACUUAUCAGUUAUUUUAUGCUGAUAACGUUCAAACAAAUCGGUCUUCUACUAAUCUUACACUGAAUUUUGUAAGGUAAGAAAGCGUCUAGGGGCCUCCUGACACCAUAACAACUUAAUUUAGAUGAUGUUGCUAUGGUGGCAAGAGUUGUAUUUUAACUAUGCAGUUAUCAGGGAAGUCUGGUUUCAAACAUAUGAGUCCAUUGAAAACUCUGAAUGUCAGUCAAGAUUACCCAGGUACUGUCACUUCUCUGGCAAGUAUACCGCUAAAUAACACAUUGAAAGUCACCUGUAUUGUUUUACAUUUUUAUGUGAUGCUCUUUUCUUUAAAAGUAUGUUAACGAUUAAGCAAAUUACAUCUUAACCAAGUUCAGUCCAGGCACAGCGAGCGCACACCUUUCAAAUGGGGACUAACAGAAACAUUGUUUCAGUGUUUUAUACACCACCUUCUAUAGACUGUAAGCUCGUUUGACCAGGGUCCUCUUCAUCAUAUUAUUCCUGUAAGUUUUUGUAAUUGUCUCACUUAUUGUUAAUUCUUCCCCUCCAAUAUUAUUGUAAAGCGCUACGGAAUUUGUUGGCGCUAUAUAAAUGCAAAUAAUAAUAAUAAUAAUAAUAAUAAUAAUAAUAAUAAUAUUCUCCUCUUCUCUGUAUGCAUUCCUUGUUGAGUUCCAGAUGAAAAGGAUAGAGCUUAUAAAAGUGAUUUACUCUCCUCAACAGGAAAGCAGAAUCCUACUAACUCAUGUAAAUACUCACCACAGGCCUGUGUCUCAUCACCCUGCAGCAACGAACAUCAUUUGGUCUGUGAAAUCAUCCUAGCUCUGUGACAGAUUUAGCUCUUUUUCUUACCUCACAUUUUUCAUUUAAUUUUUUCUUUUUUUUUAAAGUGUAUUUUCUCUGUAUGCUCCUAUGUUUUUAUUUUCUCAUUUUCUUACUGUCCAUUGACAACUAUAGAACGCAGGUCAUGCUAGGCAUACCUAUUUACAUUCCUUUAAAGUGGCACUGUCAUCGUCUGAGAACUUUACUGAAUUUGCAAAGACCCCUGACAGUGACCCUACUAGCCUGAACAUGUCCCUCACGGGUGCGGUUAUUUUGUUCCUCCGGGUCCUCUUUAGCUCCUGACAUCACUGCUGUGCUCUCGUGUACAGUAUUGAGGUCUAUGGAGAAUCACACAAUUAUUAUUAACAUUUAUAAAGAGCCAACAAAUUCCGUAGUGCUGUUCAAUGGGAUAAAGCACCAGACAGAGACAAUUCCCUGCAACCAUCACCGGUGACGGAUGCCAGGAUUGACUCUGCAACAUCGCCCAGAGUUGGGGAAAGUCAGGUGGAGGAAAGAUAUAGAGACAAAGUCGACCCUACCCUGACUGGGUUGGAAUUUGAAUGAAUAUCUUGAUUGGGUUGUAAAUUCAGUGAAAUUCCAACACAGUCAUAAUGAGUAUUUUCUGACGAUUAUAUCUUUGUAAAAUACUCGCUUUUCAGGGUGGAAUGACAGUGCCACUUUAAAGAUAUUUUCUAGAAAUAUUUGUGAAGACAAUGAAUUAUACUUCUGUUUCCUAAAAUGUAUAUACUUGCAUCUCUGCCAUAAUGGGUACUACUCUGUCUCCAUAUAGCAAAAUUAACAGCAAUCGGGGCAGGCACAUCUAUAAGGCGUCAGGGCGCCAGAGCAGAUGGGUACAAAAAAGUGGAUUUUAUUUUUAUUUUUAAGCAGCCCCUGUGCCCCCUCUACAGACCCUGUCCUCCCUGUACAGAUCCUGCCCCCCACCUUUAGCCCCCUAACUCCUCAAUUAGAGCCCCUAUCACCCCACUACAACCCAUGACCAGUGUCAUUUCCAAGAUUAGGUUCUGGAUCCGCACCUGCUCUGUAUGCCCGUGUCUGUAUGAUUAUACAUCACUGUAUGUAUGUCUUUGUAUGACUGUGUCCGCAUGUCACUGUAUGACUGUGUGGUCGCAUGUCACUGUAUGAUUGUGUCUGCAUGUCACUGUAUUACUGGGUCCGCAUGUCUCUGUAUGACUGUGUCUAUGUCUCUGUAUGUCUGUAUGUCUCUGUAGGACAGUGUCUGUAUGUCUCUGUAUGACAGUCAGGGCCGCCAUCAGAAAUUUUUGGGCCCCUAAAUCAGCUCAGGGUCUGGGCCGUGCAUCCAAGUCUGCCCACAGGGACCGCCUUCAAAUCCCGCCCACAGGAAUACACACACACACACAAACACACGCACUGAUACAAAAGGCCACAGUUACACACACAUACUAACAAACACACUAAAACAGACAUACACACAUAUAGGCAUACAUAUUGAAACACACACAUAUACAGACACACAGGCAUACAUAGUGACACACAGACACAUUCUAACAUGCAUACUGACAGACAGACAUGCAUACUGACAUACAUGCAUGCUGACAUACAGACUGACUGACACAUAGAGCUCAUUUUUCAGCCACCCUCCUGUUUCUUACCUUUCCCUUGUAGGAGGGUGGCUGGGGGAGUCGGCGCGGCUCUCCCUCUUCAAGACCUCCACGCCGACUCUCCUCCCGUGCGGAGUGAGCUGGGAGGAAGUGACCGCCCGUCACUUCCUCCCAGCAGCACUUGCAUUGCGGCUGCAAUUUUUUAAAAGCGGCCCAGUCGCGCUAUUACACAGCCAUAGCGCUGACUGGGCCCCUGAAGAUAUAGGGCCCAUGGGCCACCCGAUGGGCCCCUUCAGCAUGCGGGCCCCGGUUCACCGACGGCAGUUCCCCCGCAACCGUCAUGGUUGUCACCCCCUGAUGGCGGACCUGAUGACAGUGUCUGUAUGUCUCUGUAUGACAGUGUCUGCAUGUCUCUUUGUGUGUUUGUAUGACUGUAUGUCUGUGUUUGUACGACAGUGUAGCUGUAUGUGUAGAUUGUAUGACUGUGUGCCUGUAUGAAUGUGUUGGAUUGUGUGCUUGCAUAUCUCUGUGACUGUGUGCCUCAAUAAUUAUGCCUGUAUGGUUGUGUUUGUUGCUAUAUAUCUAUGUCUAUAUGGCAUGGGAGAAAUAAAAGGCACACAACUGGCCCUGGAGGGAAGGGACACACAAAACAAGCUAUGGGAGAGACCCACAGAAAAGGGCUGAGGGGGAGAAAAAAAAAGAGAAACACAAGGGGGCUUGUAAUAGACAAAAAUUCUUGCACUGGCUUUGGCAGAAAUAUAAGCUAUACAAUAGAGCAUUUGAGAGGCAAAUAAAGUGAGAGUGUGUCGAGAAAGAGUGUUUGAAAGAGUGAGUGUUUUAAAUAAAAUAAGUAAACGUUGGAGGAGAGAAAUAAUUUUUUAGCCUAAAUAGAAGUCGUAAGAUUAUAAAACGUGUUUUUAAUAUAGCAAUAAGUAAAAGGGUUAUAAUAUAACCACAAGGUGGCAGAGGAAUAUAACCACACAGAAAAUUGAAUAAUUAUUGAACACAAUGAUACUAAGUGAUCUAUUAACAAUAUAUACAGUGCUAGAAAAGCAAACGAAAAUAUAUAUAUAUAUAUAUAUAUAUAUAUAUAUAUAUAUAUAUAUAUAUAUAUACACAUAUACAUACAUAUACACACAUAUGCUAGUAGCAACCAGAGCUGAGUGCUAAUACGUGCCCUGUAAGAGAUAAAGUAUACUAUGUCACCAAUAUCGAUAAGAUACAAUGUAAUAUCCUAGUUGCUAUGCUGUGCCGGGGGGAGCCCUCAGUUAAACAGUGGUCAGUCUCUGUAUAGCAGCUUCUAGAACAGGGGUAGGCAACCUCCGGCACUAGUGCCAUGCACGGCACUCUAGGUGUCUUUGCACGGUACUCAAGGCUGCUAGAGCCAAACAGGCUCUGUCCUAUCAGGAGUCCCAGUAAAACUUCAGAUAUCUGUUAAUACGAAAAGGUGGUGAAGGAUAAUCCUCAAUUUAUGCAUUGCAGCAUGUAGAGGAAGUGAUCUCAGAUAACUUCCUCCGAGCACUUGUGAAUAGGAAUCCACACUGUAGCAGAGCAGCCUGCAGCUCCUAUACUUGAGCUAUACCUGGCCGGCCUGGUCCCCACUGGAACCUAGGGAAGCCACCCACACUGCUAGAUAUACACAGAAAUGCAGAAUAACCCUCCCAUCAUACAAAUAAUAUGAACAGCCCACACACAAACAUACACAGCCCACAAACGUAACCCGCUAACAAUCCACAUACAUGCACGCAACCCUGCAUGCAGCCUCUCACAUGCAAUAACCCAAACAGCCCCCACACACUACCAAACACACAAUGUGACAUAUCCAUCCACACACACACACACACACACACAAUUCCUCAAGCAGCCCUCAUACACAGCCCACAUUCAUAUACAUCAUACACGAUACCAUAAACUACUAAUGAACAUAUACAAUAUAAUAGCUCAUAUACGCACAAAUACAAUGAUACAAAGCAAUUACAGUAAAAAUAACACAAGCAGAAUAUGGCAGCAUACACAGCUCAAUUUAAAAAAAAUAGGAUCGCGCACGCUACGGGACAUCACAAUCCUAUAUCGGCACACUGCUACUAAAAGGUUGCCUACACCUGUUCUAGAUUGUCGUUAGCAAAGGUAAUGGUGAUAGGAAUGGUAAGCUGUCAAAUCUUAUGUCUGAUCUGUGCCUUUAUGGGCAACUGUGCUAGAGUCUGUAGGACUAGUACUAGCCAUCUUUAAUCGGAAGCCCUGAUCACUAUAAUCAUACCGAAGUGCAUGAGGUAAAGGGAAUAGUAUUACUGCUCGUUAUAUUGGCUACUCUGUGCCUUUCAGGGCACCUUUGUUUACCAAAGGUAAACAGAAUCUAGCUGUCACUAGUUAAGCAGUAUGCAAGUGCAUAAGGUAGAGGAAUAGGUCAUAAAUAAUACUACUCGUUAUGUUAGCUGAUCUGUGCCUUCAUGGGCACCUGUAUUAGCCAAAAGUAAUUGCAAUCUAGCUGUCACUAAUAGAGCAGUAUUGUAGAGAUCAGUAUACUUGGGUCAGACUGCGUCUGAAGGAUACAGUAACUGGAGGUCUGCUGCACGUGCUGAUUGCACAACGGGAUGUAAUAGAAUGUUUGGUGUGCAGAUUGACCACAAGUGAUAAGUGGAGCCCCGACGCGCGUUUCACCGGUACGGCAGCUAUUCAGCGGGAAUUGAGCCUCUGUUAACAGAGGUUUUAAAUUUCCGGCUGUAAUUUUUAAUUGGUAAACCUUUGGUAAACAAAGGUGUCCUGAAAGGCACAGAUUAGCCAAUAUAACGAGCAGUAUUACUAUUCCCUUUACCUCAUGCACUUGGGAAUGAUGAUAGUGAUCAGGGCUUCCGAUUAGAGAUGGCUAGUACUAGUCUUAUAGACUCUAGCACAGGUUCCAAUGAAGGCACAGAUCAGACAUAGGAUUUGACAGCUUACCUUUGCUAACAACAUUCUGGAAGCUGCUAUACAGAGACUGAGCACUGUUUAACCGAGGGUUCCCCCUGGCACAGCAUAGCAACUAGGAUAUUACGUUGUAUCUUAUCGAUAUUAGUAACAUAGUAUACUUUAUCUCUUACAGGACACGUAUUAGCACUCAGCUCUGGUUGCUACUAGCAUAUGUAUAUAUAUAUAUAUAUAUAUUUAUAUUUAUAUUUUCUCGUUUGCUUUUUUAGCACUGUACAUAUUGUUAAUAGAUCACUUUAUAUAAUUGUGUUCAAUUAUUAGAUUAUUUCCUGUGUGGUUAUAUUCUACUGCCACCUUGUGGUUACAGUAUAACCCCAUUUACUAAUUGCUAUAUUACAAGCUACGUUUUAUUAUCUUACGACUUCUAUUUGGGCUAAAAACGUAUUUCUCUCCUCCAACGUUUAUUCACUACUUGGGUUCAUGUGCUACCACCUUAGCUCAGAGAUCCUUUUAUUAUUCUCUGUUUUUUGUAAAAUAAAAUAAGUAAGCUAAAUAUAUGAAUGCACAGUCAACGCUCACACUUACCUCAGAUCUGUACAAUUGUGUGAGUUAGCUGAAGCAAAAAUCAGUAAAUAUCGCCAUCUCAUGACAGAAAAUAUUUAGCACUUACCAGGGUUUUUCAAAACACAAACUCUCAUUUCAAACUUUCCAUUAUAACUGCAAUGUGGUUUCCCUUCUUGCUACAAACGUAUCAGCCUGCAAUUGAUUAAUAUUAUCUGUUAUAACUGCAGAGUGGGUGCCACAACAAAUUGUCUAUAUCUGGGCUAUGUGAAGGCUUGUGUACCACAGUCUACUGCAGUUCAGGGUGUUGUCCUCCACCCCCCAAUUUCUCCAAAAAUAAGUGUUUUUGCGUUGUAAUAAUAAUAAUAAUAAUAAUAAUAAUAAUACUAAUAAAAGGAUGAACAAUGUAAUUAGACAAGUAUAUUUAGCUUUUGCUAGUUUCUACUUUCUCCAGGAGUCUAGCUGUUAUAAUAUUCAACGUAGGUUCUCAUAUUAUGAACCAUGAAUAAGUUGUUCUGCCAUGCACCAAACGCGCAACUGAAAUAUUGCAGCUGGAAACCUAUCCACUAAGCUAUCUCAUCAGCUUUACAUUUUCAAAAGAACACUCUAAGCAUCAUGGCCGCUACAACUUACUGAAGUGGUUAUGGUUCAAGGGCUUUAUGGGUGAAAUUCCUUCAGUUUUUGUCCAUCUCUAAGAAACGUGACAAAAAAAACCCCCAAAAAACCUGUUGGUUUAAAGAAAAAGACGGUUUAAACAAAACAAGUAGCCAAGGUCCAUUGCUAAAUUAUAAGAUGAGUAGAAGCUUCCAAAGAAUUCCAAUUUAGAAAUAGUUUAAAAAGUUUAUUUACUCAUAGAUAACCUUUACAAUUCCUAAAAGCAAUACCUGAUCAUUUUAAAAGCGGUACUGUCAUGUUUUUUGUUUUUUUACUUAUGUCCCCUUUAUGUUAAUUAUUUUACUCCCUCCAUUGCCACUUGCCUUUAUUUAUAUUUAUUCUCUUUUCUUACAUGCCGGAUCGCAAUACCUGGGUGUCUACAUUUUGUUCUCCUCUGUCCAUGAUCUCUGCAGAGGAUCGUUCUAUGGGAUUCUUUGGACUAAUGGAUUGUGGGUAGAUUGACUUAGCAACUGAAAAUGGAACUUUGCUAAAGCUCUGCCCAUUGUCAAAAAUUUACCCCCAAAAAGUACACACCCAUUAGAAAGUGUAGUCCCUUCUUUAUAUUAUGUAUAAAUAAAAAUCGUAAGUGAAUUAAAAAUUUUUUUUAUUUUUGCAACAGAGGGACAAAAAUUUUUAAUUUCAAAGCAAAACUUGCAGAAUGACAGAGCCGCUUUAAAAGAUUGCAAGGAGCACACAAUAUAUUCAAUUACAUUGCCAAAACUAAUUAAAGCUCCUUGCGUAGAGGGUACAAAUUAAUAGGGUACAUUCCCAACAAAACUAAGGGUUAAUUUGAAGUGGUAAUUUAACCACUGGAGCUUACUGCAUUAUCAAUGUUAGUUUCAUUCAAUCUGGGUGACAUUGAUUUUCUACAAGUGAUGAAGACACAGUCUGACAGUCUGAAUUCCUUUAGGUGUGCUCCCAGAAUCUUUGGCUUUGAUAGUAAAUCUAUUAGGAGACAAAUAUGUUUGAAAGAUUGCACCUUGGAGAAAAACCUAAAAAAAAAAAAUACCUGUAAAAAUAAAGGCCUGGGUCUGAGAUGCUACAGGUAUUAUGUAGGAUUUAUUUUUAUAUUAUCAUGAUCUUGACUAAAUUGUGUAAAAAAAUAACGGAUCACGCCAAUAAAUACGAUUCAUGGUGCCAAUAAACACGAUUUUUGAUGCUGGACAUAUUCUGAGGAAUCUAGUCCCAUCAGAUACAUUUUUUGUUUGCUUGAUUUUUCUUUUUAAAAUAAUUGUUGUUGAUUUUUCUUUGAGAAAUAGUAGAUCCCCCCUCUAGGUUAUACUUUUAUUAAGAAUUUCUUGAAACGUCUGGGGUUGUGGCAAAGAAAAGAAUUUAUCAUUCUUGCAUUUUUUUUCGUGAAGAAACACUUCAUAAUCUAAUCAGAUCUGUGUUUGCUCAGGACAUGUAAAUAAUGUUGACAGGAUACUCCUUUGAAAUGUAUAAAACUAGCGAUGGUAGCCCCACUAGAUUCCAAAAAUAAGACACUCCAAAGUAAAAUGCUAUGAAUGUUUUUACUGGCAUUUAACUAGGUCAGUGGAGAUAUUCAUUAUACUGCCUGUAGGCAGUGUAUAAUGGAGAUAUCUCAAUGAAGGAUAACUGAAUACAAAUUGUACCUCCAGAUAAUUGUUUGUAUAGGUAACAGUUGAGUAGAAUCCAUAAGAUUUGAAGUGAUAUUAUAAUUUGUGCAGUGGUGAUCAAUUCAGUUAAAGGAGGUGCUGACUGGCACAAUAGCCUCCAAAUGAUUUCCUUUGAGAAAGCAUUGGAUUGGCUAAGAUUCUCAAGAUCGAUGAUCUCAGUCAUCGAGGCGGGAUCAGCCAUGGCAAGAUCAGCAUGGCGAUGGAGAAAAGGUAAGUAAAGCUGGGGGGUGGGGGGUGUUAACCUAAAUAGCUAGUCCAAUACUAUAGUGUUAGGAAUUGUCACAAGUUUGGAGUGAAUGGGCUCAGUAUGCAGAGAUUUUAUACAGACACAGUCACUGAAUUAAAAGGUUUAUUUUUUUAAUCAAAUAAAUAUAAUGUAAAAGUCCUAAUGCAAGUAUAAAUGGUAAUAAAGGCCAUGCGGUGUCUCAAACUGAUGCUAUGUUGAAUUUUAUUUUCUGUAUAAAAUAGAAACAUAGAAUGUGACAGCAGAUAAGAAACAUUCGGCCCAUCUAGUCUGCCCAAUUUUCUAAAUACUUUCAUUAGUCCCUGGCCUUAUCUUAUAGUUAGGAUAGCCUUAUGCCUAUCCCAUGCAUGAUUAAACUCCUUUACUGUGUUAACCUCUACCACUUCAACUGGAAGGCUAUUCCAUGCAUCCACUACCCUCUCAGUAAAGUAAUACUUCCUGAUAUUAUUUUUAAACCUUUGUCCCUCUAAUUUAAGACUAUGUCCUCUUGUUGUAGUAGUUUUUCUUCUUUUAAAUAUAGUCUCCUCCUUUACUGUGUUGAUUCCCUUUAUGCUUUUAAAUGUUUCUAUCAUAUCCCCCCUGUCUCGUCUUUCUUCAAAGCUAUACAUGUUAAAAUCCUUUAACCUUUCCUUGUAAGUUUUAUCCUGCAAUCCAUGAACCAGUUUAGUAGCCCUUCUCUGAACUCUCUAAAGUAUCAAUAUCCUUCUGGAGAUACAGUCUCCAGUACUGCGUACAAUACUCCAAGUGAGGUCUCAGUGUUCUGUACAAUGGCAUGAGCCCUUCCCUCUUUCUACUGCUAAUACCUCUCCCUAUACAACCAAGCAUUCUGCUAGCAUUUCCUGCUGCUCUAUUACAUUGUCUGUCUACCUUUAAGUCAUCAGAAAUAAUUAUACCUAAAUCCCUUUACUCAGAUGUUGAGGUCAGUGGCAUACACACAAUCCAUGGGGCCCCAGUGCAAAACUGAUCCAUGCCCCCCCAACAGACACACACACAGACAUACAGACACACAUACAUAAAGACACAUACAUACAUACAUAGAGACGACACAUACAUACAGACACAUACACAUACAAACAAAAACACACAUAUACAAAAUGUUUAAGUCACCCUCCUGUUUUCUACUUUUUAGGUGCAGGAGGGUGACUUUCCUUGGGGUCCACUCUGACUCUCACUGAUAGCUGGGAGGAGUGACGGGCAUUAAAGCCCCGCAGCUAUGACCGGGGCCCCCUGGAAAUUCAUCUCCAUUGGGUGGCACUAACAGCACUGGCCACCCGAUGAGCCCUUUGAAUGUGCGGCCUCGGCGGUUUGCCGUGCGGGCCAGGGCCGCAACACAUAGCGGCGGGCACCUGGUCACAGGGGUCCGCAGGACAGCCGGGCCCCCUGGAGUGACGGGCCCGGUCGCAGCUGCAACCCCUGCGACCAUGGUAUGUACGCCACUGGUUGAGGUUAGGACUCUCAAAUAUGCUGUACUCUCCCCAUGGGAUUUUACAUCCAAGAUGCAUUAUCAACAUUAAACAUCAGCUGCCACAACUAUGACCAUUUUUCUAGUUUACUUAAUAAUUUGCCAUUUGGCUUAUCCCUCUUGAAACAUCAACCCUGUUACAUAUCUUCGUAUCAUCAGAAAAAAUAUAUACCUUACCAUCAAGACCUUCUGCAAUAUCACUAAUAAAAAUAUUAAAGAGAAUGGGUCCAAGUACAGAUCUCUGAGGUACCCCACUGGUGACAAGCCCAUGCUUCGAAUGUACUCCAUUGACUACAACCCUCUGUUCAGGGCCGCCACCAGAAAUUUUGGGGCCCCUAACUGAGCUCGGGGCCUGGGGGCCCACUUCCAAAACCACCCACAGAGACCGCCUCCAAAUACCGCCCACAGGAAUACACACACACAAACACACACACUGAUACAAAAGGACACAGAUACAUACUAACAGACACACAUACUGAAACAGACAUACACGCAUACAUACUGACACACACAUACUGAGACAUACACACAGGCAUACAUAGUGACAGACAGACACAUACUAACAUACAUACAGACACACAUGCAUGAGGACAUAAAGACACAUACAUACAUACAAACACACACACAUACAUUCAUACACUGACAUCCAUACAUACAUUCAUAAUGGCAUACAGACAUACAUGCAUAUAUACAGACAUACUGACAGACAUCCAUACACACAUACACACAGAUAUACGUUCAUAAUGAUAUGCAGACAUACAUUCAUACUGACAUACAGACAUACAUUCAUACUGACAUACAGACAUACAUAUAUAAUGACAUACAGACAUACAUAUAUACAUACAGACAGACAUACAUACACAGUCAGACAGACAAACAGAAAUACAGACAUACAUAGACAUACAUGCAUACAGACAGAUAUACACAUACAUGCAUACAGACACAUACAUACAUACAGACAUACAUGCAUACAGACAGACAUACAUGCAUACAGACAGACACACAUACACAUACAUAUAUACAGACAGACAUACACAUACAUAUAUACAGACAGACAUGCAUACAGACAGACAGACACAUACACAUACAUAUAUACAGACAGACAUACAGACACAUACAUACUUACAGACAGACAUGCAUAGAGACAGACAUGCAUAGAGACAGACAUGCAUAGAGACAGACAUGCAUAGAGACAGACAUGCAUAGAGACAGACACAUACAUACUUGCAUACAGACAGACAUACAUGCAUACAUGCAUACAGACAUACAUACAGACGCACAUGCAUACAGACAGACAUACAUGCAUAGAGACAGACAGACACAUACAUACAUGCAUACAGACAGAGACAUACAUGCAUACAGACAUACAUGCAUAGAGACAGACAGACAUACAUGCAUACAGACAGACAUGCAUACAGACAAACAUACACACACACAGCUCAUUUCCCAGCCACCCUCCUGUCUCUUACCUGUUCUUUGAAGGAAUGGGUGGCUGGGGAUGAUGGGAGUCGGCGCGGCUCCCUCUUCACCGGCGCGCGCGCUACUCCCGCGCGGAGUGAGCUUGGAGGAAGUGACCACUUCCCUCCCAGCAGCACUUGUGGCUGCUUUUUUUUUUUUUAAGGGGCCCGGUCGCGCUGUAUCACGGCCACAGCGCUGACCGUGCCCCUGAAGAUAUAGGGCCCAUAUGGUUGUCACCUCCUGAUGCCGGCCCUGCCUCUGUUGCCUGUCACUCAGCCACUGCCUUACCCGUUCUACAAUAUUGGAAUCCAAACUUAAAGAUUGCAGUUUAUUGAUAAGCCUUCUAUGUGGAACAGUGUCAGUUUAUGUUUUCUGUAUAUGUUUUAUGCACGCCUAGUGAGAGAUAUCCUCCCCCUACAGAUUAAGGAUAUUAGUCUAAUCUUGCUUAUUCUUAUAAAAUAUUUUUCAUUAUUUUAAUCAAGGUUGAAUCAGUGCUGCAGGGGUUAAUCAAGGUUGAAUCAGCAUUGCAGAGGUUAAUCAAGGUUGAAGGUAGGUUCCAGGCAAACAAGAGUUGAUUCAGGGGAAUUCCACAGGUGAGGGUAAAUCAACUUACUUCAGUCAGGAGCUGACUCUGUACUCCAGGGUAACAACAAAACAACUGAGCACAGACCCUAGGGUGGUCUGUGCUUAAAUAGGGGAAAGGGAAUAGGAGCUCUCCCAUGAGGAUGGGUCUAAGGGUCUAUAUAAGUAGAAGGCUCCUCUGGGGCACAGGGUGUCCAAACCACCCUAUGUGGGUUGGAAGCUAUGUCAGUUUGUGCAUUUAACUUGUAAACCUCCGUGCUGCAUCCAUGCUUACUGAGCUGGAUUCCCCAGGGCUAGGUCAUCCGGAGGAGAUCCUGGAUCAGUAUGGAAACAUAGAAACAUAGAAUGUGUCGGCAGAUAAGAACCAUUCGGCCCAUCUAGUCUGCCCAAUAACACAGAACACAGUACCAAAACAUGUCCACAGGAGGAGAGGUAGGGGUAAGGGUAGACAGGGUGUGCCUUCUGGAAACAGGACAGGCAGGGCAGAGCAGGCCUCUCUGAAACAGGACAGGCAGGGCAAGGUAAGGCAGGCCUCUCUGGAAACAGGACAGGCAGGGCAAAGCAGGCCUCUCUGGAAACAGGACAGGCAGUGCCAUGACAGGAAUACAUGUUUGAAAUGCUACAGUGUUCCUUUAAAUAAUUAUUUUCUGUGACAGAGUCAGCCUUAACCCUAGGGGUUGGGGAUUUAUAAAACUUGGCUAAAUGCAUACUUCCCAACAUUGGGUGGUAUGGAUUCAGGAUAGGGUGCACGAGCCAAAAAUGGCAUAUCAAUGAUGUCACUUGAUUUACUGACAAUGCCCAAAGUGGAUGGUCCUGACUGCAGUGGGGGUGUUCAUGCUGACUGACAUCCUCCUGGUUACAUCCACUUAGGGCUGAAAGUUCAGAGAGCCCUGUUGAAGUUUUCCAUGGACCCAGUGUUCUCAUCACAGCACAAGCACAUCUAAUACCUGCUGGAGAUAGUCCUAUGAACACCCUAGACGUGACAACAGUGCCCAAAAUCAAUACAGGCGGGGAACAUGCUAAAGACAAAAACUGCACUUUUCCUCCUUUUAUUUUUAAAGCUUUCAAGAGCUUUCCUCCUUCACCACUUUCUUCAGCCCUCCUUCUGCUCCUUGCUAUGCAGCCUGCCAAAAUAUGGCACAAUGUCAGACACACAGAUUUUAUAUGGCUACACUGCUUAAAUGACAGACCCUACCAGGCAGAGGCGGCUCUAGACUUUAUGAGGCCUUAGGCGAAACUCAAACAUGAGGCCCCACUAACAAAAAAGUGCCACAUAUACACAAUGAUGCACAGUUUACCUGUGUAUGUGCCUGAGAGUGUGUCUGACAGAGUAUCCUUGUGUGUGAAUGUAUGUCUCUGUGAGCAUGUUUGCGUUUUUGUCUGAGACCCUAUGUGUAUGGGGUAGCUGCUUGAAGUGUGUUGUGUGUAUGAGGGGGUGGGGGUGAUGGUGAGGAGAGGCGGGUGAUGGUGACAGGGAGGUGAUGUGAGAGGGGUGAUGGUAAUGUGAGAAGGGGAGGUGAUGUGAGAAGGAGGGGGUGAUGAGAAGGAGGGUGAUGUGAGAAGGAGGGUGAUGUGAGAAGGAGGGGGUGAUGUGAGAAGGAGGGGGUGAUGUGAGAAGGAGGGUGAUGUAGGAAGAGGGUUGAUGGUGUGGGGGUUGAUGGUGAGGGUGAUGGGGUGGGGCUUAGGAUGGUGGGGGGGUGGUGAGCCUGAGGGUGGCGGGGGGUGGUGAGCCUGAGGGUGGCGGGGGGUGGUGAGGCUGAGGGUGGUGGGGGUGAUGCUGAGGGUGGUGAGGGUGGUGGUGGGGAGGCUGAGGGGAGGGGGGCGUGGUGAGGCUGGUGUGGAGGUGAGGCUGAGGGUGGGUGAGGCUGAGGGGGAUGAGAGAGAGCCUACCUUUACUCCCUGGUGGUCCAGUGGGCUCCCUGGUGGUCCGGUGGCCAUUGCUCCGGUCUGCAGCUCCGCAGAGCAGCAGACCAUGUAAUCUCGCGAGAUGACAGAGCGUUGGCAACACUCUGAUUGGCCGGUUUUCGCGAGACACAUGGUCUGUAGCUCUGCUCACUGCGGAGCUGCAGACCGGUGUCUGCGGUGGCUGGCCAGGCAGCCUGGAGGGGCCUCGCACCCGGCGGCAUACCGCGCAAGCCGCCGGGGCCCCUCCUGGUGUCAGGUGUCAGGUCACUGACCGAGGACCUGCCACAGUCUGCCCACAGGUGGUUUAGGCGGCCGCGAGGCCCUAGCCAACGCGUGGCCUUAGGCGGCCGCCUAAACCGCCUAAUUAGAGAGCCGCCUCUGCUACCAGGCUUACAUUUCCAGAUCUGUCUGACUAAAACAUUAAAAAAAAAACAAAACCUAAUACCUAUCUAAUGCAUCCUGACAGGCCCAUAAUGCCCGUAAAUAAUGUUACAGUAAAACUCUAAAUAAUAAAUUAUUGGAACCCCCUGCAGAGUCUGCAAUCAGUAUAGUACCUUAUAUUAAUGUCAAAAUACAGUUAGAACGAAAUUACACAUAUAUUUUUUUUUAAUUAUUUGUUUUUAAUUUUUUUUUAGUUUUACUUUUUAACGUAAUAUAUAUAUACAUAUACACACACACACACACAGUACUUAGAUCAUGUAUAUAAUACACACACAUAUAUAUACAUAUAUGACCUAAGUAUAUAUUAUUUAAUUUUAAACUGUUUUAAAAUUUAAUUUUACUUUAUUACAGGCAGCAGUGGGACUACCUGUCAUUCCAGCCACUCCCCCUGCUGGCACUGCUAUGGACGGCUAUUCUGUCCAUGUGAUCGUGAGGUCCUCGUAAGGACCUCGCGAUCACAUGGCCCAGGAGGGCUGGAUCGGCAGCAGCGGGACUCUCUGGGAUGCAAGGUAAGUCCCCCUAUUGCGAUCGGCGGAGUGGGAUCGCCGGCGAGCAGUUAAGUGGCCAGGACGGCGGGGACGUACCAUGCCGCCCGUCAGCGUUUAGAGCCGGGUCCCCAAGAACAGCAUAGCACGCCUGCCAUCCUUAAGGGGUUAAAGACACAUUAUUGUGAGAAAUAUUGCUGUUGAUCUAUGUUAUACACUCAGACACACCAACAAUAUGGAGGGACAUUAGGAGAGAAAAGAGGGAAAGAUGGACUUGGGCCCAAAAUAGGGACAGUCCCUCCUAUAUGAACACUUGGGAGGUAUGGUUUCCUAUAACCCUUUCGCUCAAAUAAUAUAUGGGCAUGUUCUAUACAAUCCAUGGAACAGCCAGCAGUCUCCCAAGUGUUUGUUAACAAUGUGUUCUGAGAGGUAAUGUUUAAAGGGACACUAAAGGCACCAAAACAACUUUAUAUUAAUGGAGGGUUUUGGAGUAUAGUAUAGUAAAUCACCUUUUUAAUAGAGCAGAAGGGGCAGCAAUCAUCUAAAUUGCUAUUUAGACCUAUAGUGUCAGGAAUACAUGUUUGUAUUCCUGACACUAUAAUGUUGCUUUAAAAUCACUUUGUUUAUACAGCUCUAGUCAUACCUCCCUGCAUGUGACUUGCACAGUUUUCCUAAGCACUUCCUGCAAACAGUCAUCUAAUGUUUACACUAUUGCACAGUCUGUUUAAUUUAGAAUUUUAGUUCUCCUGCUCUGUUAAUGGCCUUCUAGACCCUGAAGGAGUCUCCUGUGUGUGUAAUUAAAGUUCAGUUUACAGAACAGUAGAUCAAAUAUUCUAAAGCAAAUUAACAUCUGAUUGAAAAAACAACAACAAGUUUGUAUGCAAGCUGUGUGAGGCACAUGCAAGGGGGGUGUAGCUAGAGUGGCAUAAACAGAAACAAAACUUAUUUAACUCCUAAAUGGCAGAGAAAUGAGCAGUGACUUCAGAGGCAUGACCUAAACACAAAAACUACUUCAUUAAGCUAAAGUUGUUUUGAUGCCUAUAGUGUCCAUUUAACUUAGGUAACAUUUUAACAAACAAUAGAAAUAUAGAGGUAACCUACUGAAUUCAUUUUAUCAUGCUGUAACAAUAGUCAGUAUGUAUAUAUUUCAUUAUAUACAGUACAUUUUCAGGACAUAAUAAUAUAUUAUACAAUAAACCCCUCAACCCUUUUUACCCUGUCAUAAUAUUCCUGUUUAUUGGCAAGGAUUUCUAGGAAUUGUUUAUUUAUUUUUUCAGCUUUAAAAGUCAGCUCUACAAAUACAUGCGGUUUUCUAGUUUCAGCCUACCUAUCCACGGUUCUCUCCCACUGGCUGCAGUCCAGCUUCACAUCAGCCCCAGACUAGAAUUUCUAAAUUGGUCAACAUUAAAGGGAUUCUAUGUUUUCCUGGCACUAUAGGCUCUUGGAGUGCCCCCCUCCCUUGGCGCUGAAGUGGUUAAAAACCCUUCAGCCACUUACCUUAAUCCAGUGCCGAGCUCCCUCGGCGCUGGUGACCUCUCCUCCCCCGCCAACGCCAGCUCCCGAGUGGAGCCGAAUGCGCGGCCAGAGGCGUACGCGAGUUCAAACCUGCCCAUAGGAAAGCAUUACUCAAUGCUUUCUUAUGGGGAUCUUUUUUGACGCUGGAGGUCCAUGAGGACGUUCAGCGUCAAAUAAGUGCGAUUUACUCAGUGUACAGCCCCUAGAGGCUGGAUUAACCCUGCAGUGUAAGAGAAACUGCUAUGUUUUCAGCUGUAGGGUUAAAACUAGGGGGACCUGGCACUCAGACCACUUCAUUGAGCUGAAGUGGUCUUGGGUAGCCAUAGUGGUCCUUUAAUGUCUAAACAGUCAUUGGGAUAUCUGCAGGAACCAAUAGAACCGUGGCAUUGUUAACAGGGUAGCCCAGUCUAGUCUUAAUAAAUGGGUUGCCACCUGUUUAGUGAAAAAUGUAUUUAUUGAAUAAGCAAAAUAUUUGCUAGGAUUUUAAAAAUUAUUAUUUACUAAACUCAGAUUUGUUGUGAAUUUAAAUCUGAAUUUCAAGAUGAAUGCAACAGUUCAGACACCAUAACCACUUCAUAUAAAUAAAGAUGUUAUGGUGCCAUGAGGUGUCUGGAACUUGCUCACCUUAAGGGGUUAAACUGUUCUCGAGUGGUUUAACCCCAAAGUCUGUGUUCCAACGCCGAAUCUACGUUUCUCUCUGUCCUUUCUUUUUCUCAAACUCAGGAAACCGGAAGGCUCUUGAAGAAUCAGGCCUGACGCUCUCAGCCAAUCAGUGACUCAUCAUUCAAAAACUGGCUUGAAAAAGGAACGUUUCCUUUCAAGCCAGUUUUAUGAAUGGGGAGUCACUGAUUGGCUGAGAGCGUCACCUAACCACUCUUAGCCCAUCAGCGCAGCUGGUGCCAGAUUCCUUCAAAACCCUUCCGGGAUUUUGAGGGGGAAAAAAAAAGACAGAGAGGCAGGAAAAUUUGGCACUGGAACACAGACUUUGGGGUUAAACCAUUCGAGUGGUUUAAUCCCUUAAAGUGAGCCGGCACUAACUUUAAUGAAGUUGUUAUUGUGCCCAGAGUGUUCCUUUAAGGCUAAAAUAGCUUAUUCAGCAAAGUUCUUCACUUUAGCUACAAUCACAUUCAUAGGUGUGCCGGAAGGGGUAUGCUGUUUUUGGCGAGGCAGACCCUAAUAUAGAGUCGAAUCGUCCUCCUUAUUCCUUGUCUAAGGACACUUUUAGGAGGAUUUCCACAAAGAAAAAUUAUGACUAUUUAUGCAUACGUCUGUUCAUUGGUGCAAAAAUUUGUAUAUGUAAAAAUUUGAUAUGUCCAUUUUUUCUAGACGCACACUGUAAUUUUACAUGCCACACACACCUUUGGGUUCUGCUUUUCUAUUUCAGUCUCACAGGGUUAUUCAAUAAAGUGAGAAUUUGAGGUGAAUUUAAGAUGAAUUUCAAACUUAAGGCCAGAGUAGUUGAAUUGAAAGAUUAACUUUUUUCAGAUUUUUUUACAUUUAACUAUUUUGACCUUAAACUUGCAAAUCACUUUGAAUUGUGCGUCCAAUUCAUCUUGUCGCAAACACGUUUUCUAGUCCACCUAUUGUACAGCUCUGUGGAAUUUGUUGGCACUUUAUAAAUAAUAAUAAUUCUCACUUUAGCAAAUAACCCUGUAUAUUUUGCCAUUUGGAUUUCAGUGUGCCACAAUUUAGAAUUAAGCAAAUAAACCACAAAGUGAAUAUUAGGCCAAAGUAGUCAAACUGGAAAAAUUCACCAAGUGAGCCAUGAUUUCAGUUCCUCUAUUUUGGCCUUAAAUUUGAAAUUCACAAUAAAUUCCCAACAGUUCAGAAAGUAAUGAAUACCUAGAGUUAGUGGUGGUAUUUUGCGUAUGUGACAUUUUAGGUGUUUUGUGGAAGUAAGAUUUAUUGACAGGUAUCUCUGCCCAUCACUGACAAAGACAGCACAGUAAGGUCCUCCCAGUAUCCACGUACAUCAAGCACGCCACGUGGAAACUUACGGACAUUCUCAGAACGCGGCUACGCGAAAGGGAGUCCUCACUGCUAUGCGGUUAUUGUAAUGGAUCCGUAAAUAGCGUACUAACCUGCGCUGUAUUGCCUUGAUACGUCACUGUGUGUGCGGAAGAGCUACGCCACGUUCUUACGGGCUCUCUGGGAAUAGCCGGAGCGGCUCCAUCUCGGCGGCAGAGAGACCAGGAGAGAGGUGAGGAGGGGGUCAUGGCUUGCUUGGAGUAACACGGAGGGUGCAGUGGGUAAAUAUGGAGAUUGCUGAGAUGAUAGGAAGGGGACAGAUAGUGGCUGGGGGUGACAGGAAGGGGACAGAUAAUGGUGACUAGUUUAUAGGAAGGGGCAGAUAGUGGCGGGGGGGUGACUGGUUGGGAGGGGGCAGAUGAGUGGCUGGGGGUCACAGGUUGGGAGGGGCAGAUUUGUGGCUGGGGGUCACAGGUUGGGAGGAGUGCAGGUUGUGUGGUGGGGUGACAGGUGGGGAGGGGCAGGUGUGGCUGGGGGUGACAGGAAGAGGGGCAGUGUGGCUGGGGGUGACAGGAAGGGGGCAGAUUAUGGCAGGGUUUGGGAGGCAGGUGGCAGGAGGACAGGUUGCAGGGGGGGACUGGACAGGUGGGAGGGCAGAUUGUGGCUGGGGAGUGACAGGUGGGGAGGGCAGAUAGUGGCUGGGGGUGACAAGAGGGGGGCAGGUGUGGCAGGUUUUGACAGGUGGGAGAGAGGGCAGGUGUGGCAGGGUUUGACAGGUGGGAAAGGGCAGGGGGAGGGGCAGAUUGUAGGGUUUGACAGGUGGGGAAGGGGCAGGUGGGGGAGGGGGCAGAUUGUGGCAGGGUUUGACAGGUGGGGAGGGGGCAGAUUGGGGAGGGGGCAGAUUGUGGCAGGGUUUGACAGGUGGGGAGGGGGCAGAUUGUGGCUGGGGGUGACAGGUGGCAAGGGGGUAGGUGAUGGUUUGAGGGGUAGGGGUGACGGGAUGUGGGCAUGGUGGUGACUAGUUGAUAGGAAGGGGGCAGCUUGUGGUAGGUGGUGACAGGAAGGAUGCAGGUGCUGGUUUGAGGGGUGGGAGUGACAGGAGGUGAGCAUGUUGUGGCUCAUCUCUAGGGUGACGUGACAGACAGAUUGAUAGAAAGGGGGCAGAUGGUGACUAGGGUGACAGGCAGAGGCAUGUGGUAAUUGGGGGAGGGGGGCUCAGUUUGGUGGGGCAGGGGUGCAUGGAAGGGAGCAGGUCGUGGUUGGGCUGAUAGGAAGAGGGCAGAUGUUGGCUGCGGCAACAUGAAGGAGUCAGGUUGUGAAAGGGGUAAUUUUUGGCUGGGUUCACAGAAAGGAGGUAGGGGGGUGACAGGAAUGGAACAGGUUGUGGCUGGGGUUACAGGUGGUGGCAGGGUUCACAUAAUGGAGACAGAAGUGACAUGGAGGAACCAUAUGACUGAGCUAGUAGAGAAGAGGCUCAGUGAUGUUGGGGUGAGGUGACUGAGAAGGAAGAGGUGCAUAAUAGGAUAUUAAAGAGAAUUCUGGUGGAUUUUCUCUCUUUUUCUUUUUUCUUCCAUAUUGUAUUAGUUGUCUGGAUGGGAGUUAGAGAGUAGCCAUUUGUAGGGGUGAACUAACAAUGAUGUCUGUGGUUUAAUAGGGCAUUUAUUCAGGAACUGUGGGGUAGUUUUGGGCCCAUAUACAUAUUUGCAAUCCCAUUUUUAAGCGGGAGAGAUUAGGUGUCAGGGGACAGAGUGUUUAUUGCCACAGGGCCACUUAAUACACCCCUGCUUUCAUGCACACAGACAUGCUUACAGCAAAACUGUACUCAAGUGUUCAUGCCUACAGACCCGUCGAAAAAAGGAACCCCUGCAUUAGUGCACACGGACCUGUUGCAAAAUGCACGCUUGUGUUCGCUCAAUUCUGCCACAAAAAUGCACCCAUGCGCUUUGGGGUACAUACCCACCAUAAAACUGCAACCCAUGAGAAUAGGAUUGCAGCAUAAAUAAAACCCUGCAAUUUCACACGUGGGCACUACACAUGAAUAUAUUCAGCUUACUGAAAUGCUUUAGGUGUAAUGCUUCUGUCUCUGACUUUUAUAAAACUCUGUCUGACAGCUUGGAGGGUUUGCUACCUGUCUCCCUUUAAACAAUUAAGUGGAAUUGGAAGAGAGAGUGUCUAUUGAUAUUGGUGCUUGUCAUUUCUUUACUUUUCAGUGAAUAUUAAUAGACAUCAGUUAAACCAAACACAGCUUGUUGAUAAGGUUAUGAUUGGCCAUUUGUCCGCAAGCCUUUAGAUAGAGAUGCUACUGAUUGCAAGUGCCAAGCACAAACGAGAAAAUGUGUGCAAAAAAAAUGUGGUUGUUUGGUGGACUUACAGUAGCUGCAGAUACUUGUUGCUAAUACCCCCACCCCUCUCACCCCCACCUAAAUAUGCAAACUAUAUUAUGCAUUAGAUGAGGGUGGUAUACCUACUAAAUGGUAGAAAAGCCUUUUUUAUAUUGGCUGAGGGCUUUAAAUGCUUAUACUAUCAGUGUUAAUGCACAUACGAAGUGUCAUUAAGGCUUAUCUUGCUAAUUCAUAAUUUGAUGGUAAGCCAGCUGUUUUUAGCCCUCAGAAUAAUGGGAGCUGCAGUUAUGUGACAGCAGGGCAGCUGCAUUGCUUUAAUCUUUAAAGUACUUCACACAGUGAACACAUGUCUUUAUUCUAAAGGGUUAAAAUGUGAACAAUUUUUAAUUGUACAUCAAUCCAUAUUUCUAUAUUUAGUGUUAGUAUGUAUAUUUGCCGUUUCAUGAUUAGGCAAUUGUUGAGUGUUUAAAGCCCUUUUUGAAAAAAUGUUUAAAUAUUCAAUUGCUCUUAGUUUACUUUACUCGUGAUUUACCCUGCAAUCCAUGCUGUGAUUUCAUCAGCUCCUGUGUAUGCCUCUCCAAAUGUAGCUGGUUCUCGAGCUCUUAUUGGCUGCUUUUCUGUGGAUGCAGCCAAUCAGCAUUCGAGUAGCCUGUUUUGAGGAUAGAAUUUACAGAUUUUACUAUUAACAUGACGUAAAGUCAUGAUUUUAUUAAUGACACGGAGGCGAGUAUUAUGCUGCACUCUUUCUUUAUUUACCUCAGCAGCAAAGAAAAAUAACAUUAAAUCGGUAUAAAAGAAACCAGUAAAUAACAUGAGGUAUAUCUUCCUAGCAACAGCAACAGCCAAUCAGCAUCCUCUUUAUAGCAUAAUAGGCAGUGUCCAGUAUACUACUUCCUCUUUCUUGCGAUCCCGAACAAGGACAACAAAUCCAAAUAAAAAGUGGGCUUCAAUUAGAGGGUAUACGAGCCUUAAACUGGAUCUAGAAGUCAAGCUGGAAGAGAAAAGAGAAUAUGGUAAUAUCCAAGUAUAAAACUGGAUUUAUGCAUAAAUUUACAUGAAAUAUCAGAUAUAUAUAUACACAUAACAUGAAAUUCAGUUUAGUCAAACCUUAAGCUCUUGACAGUCAUUAACAAGGAUAAAGCCCAGUAAUCAAAAAAGACUUACCGUGAAGUCAACUUACCCAGAGAAGACCAAAUCUCCAGGGAUGGGAGGGAGGGAUAAUACUCGCCUCCGUGUCAUUAAUAAAAUCAUGACUUUACGUCAUGUUAAUAGUAAAAUCUGUAAAUUUUAUUAAGACACGGAGGCUCCUAUUAUGCUAGUUCAAAGCUGUGAAAUUAUGUCUCCUGUGAAGUGUUGAAUAGGUCUAAAGUAGAAAUCAUGGAAUGUAGACUCUGAAGACCAGCCGCUCUCAUAAUAUCCUCCAAGCGACAACCAAUCGAGGAAGCCUUAGAAGCCAUUGCCCUACGAACCGAAUGAGGCACUGACACAAAGGUAUCAAUACCUGCUAGAGACAUCACGUAUUUGACCCACCAGGCUAGAGUAGACACCGGAAGAUGCGACUUUUGGAAGAGUUCCUGUUUCAAAGGAUUCUGUAACGUAGUAGAACGAUGUUCACACACCCAUUAGUAUGCAACAGGGCAAAGGAUCUAUCAGGGAAAACUGGGUAAGAUAGAUUUUAGAGGAGGUUUUUGUCCUCCGUGAAAUGUCAAAGAGGACACCUUCUGGAGUAAAGGAACGACCAACCACCUCACUAGCUCGUACGUCAGAAAAAACCUCUUGCAAGAAAAAUAAAUAAAAAAUUCAAGACAAUAGAGACGUCCCACAAGACAGAGUAUCGUGGUAAGGGUGAAUGAGCAAACCAUAUUCCUCAGAGAAGUCAAUAUAUGACAGGAUGUCAACCGACAGGCGUCCAAUCAAAACUUUGAUGGCCAGCAGAAAUGGACGAUCGUUAAGGUCCACAGUGCGAUAGGCUUUACCUUCAUCAUAGAAGUCAGAAAAAUGGAGGACAGACAUAAAAGGAGCCGAUAUGGGAUUUAAAUUUAUUUUCAUGCACCAACUAUGCCAUCUGCUCCAAGCAGAUUUAUAAGCCUGUCUCGUGUUGGGUGCACCCUUGAUAAGUUGGGGAGUUGAUUGCGAAACUCCCUUGACCGACCAAGGUUCCCUGAAAUAGACUACACUAUGAUAUGCAAGAGACCUUGGAGAACAAGAGGAUUAGGUACACCAUCUGGAUCCUGAAGAAGGCACUCGAGAGAUGGAAGGUCGAUAACCAUCUCCUGAAGAAAAGAGAACUAUGGUUGGGAUGGCGAUAGAGGAGCCACGAUCAACAGGUGCCGGACUGGCGAUGUAGAUGGAAAGGCAAAAAAUCAUAAUUCCUUGGAGAAAACAUUCAUAGCCAAUGCUAUCGGAUCUGGUCUCCAACUGAAAAAACGGGGAAGUUGAGCAUUCAAACGAUAAGCGAAAAGAUCUAUUUCCAAUAGACCCCGUAGGUUCCAGAUGUCUUGGAAGACCAUGGAAUCCAAGUGCCAGUCGCUGGAAUCUCUGAGUUUGCGUGAAUACCAGUCCGUCGUAGUGUUGGAGAGACCUUGAAUAUAUUCUGCCCUGACUGAAAUGCCGUGUCUCAGGCAAAAUUGCCAGCAAUCACGAGGCAUGUAGGUCAGAAUUUUGUAUUUUGUGUCUCCAAGUGAUUGAUGUAGCGGACUGCUGACACGUUGUCCAUCUUCAGAAGGAUAGCGCAUUGGGCUUGAGUUGGGGAGAAACUAUGGACUGCAAAGGAACCGGGUGUUCCAAACAAUUGAUGUGGAGUGUUGAUUCCAGGUUUGAUUAUCUGCCCUUGGUGGAAAUAGUUCUGCAUUGAGCACCCCAACCGUGCAAACUUGCGUCGGAUUUGAUUAUCAAAUCUGGAGCUGUACAAAAUAUGGUGUGCUUAUUCCAAGCUUCCAUGUGAAGAAGCCACCAUUGGCGUUCAUUCUCUGCUUCUGAGUCCAGAGUUACCAUAUCUGUGUAUGAUGUGCUGCCCUUGAGAUGAAGUUUGUAAUCGUUGUAGGGCUCGAUAGCCAAGAAGACCUGUAGAAAUGGCCUGUAUAGAUGCCGCUAGAAGGCCUAACAUUCUCAACAGUUGUUUGAGAGAGAGUUGAGAGGUUGCUAGUGUUCGCAUAUCUCCUUCUUUACAUUGGCUAAUUUUGCCACCGCAGGGUGUAGAGUUUGAAGGGUAGAAUCUACAAUAAUCCAAUAUAACCCAGAAAUUGUAUUUGUUGCGUGGGAACGAUAAUGGAUUUCUCCCAAUUGGUCAGGAAGCCUAGGUUCUCUAACAGAGUCAAAGUCCAUGCAAGGUAUGUCCGGAUUAAUUGAAUAGACUGAGCCAGAAUGAAAAUGCCAUCUAAAUAUAUUAUAAGAUGUGAGCUUGGUGAAGCACCAUGGAGCUGAAGACAGUCCGAAUGGGAGGCACCUGAACCUCUAUUUACUGCCCUACCAUGUAAAUUGCAGGAAGUUCUCGAUCUUGAUGUUGUACUGGGAUAGGCACUGUGAGAUAUGCAUCCUGCAGAUCCAAUUUGGCCAUCCGAUCUGCUGGUUGGAGAAGAUCCCUUAAACAAUGCUCUCCUUCCAUCUUGGAAGUGCUGAUAUGCUCAUAACUAUUGAGCAGUCUCAAAUUUAUUACUGGACGGAUACCUUUGCCUUUUUUGGGAAACAAGAAAAGGUUGCUCACGUAACCCAGGGUAUGUGCCAGAAUCUCUACAAUUGAUUGUCCACAGAGACAAGGUCUGUGUCUCAUUGGGAAAAAACAAUUUUCCUUGAUGGGGAACAUUGAACAAGUAGAGAAAGGAAGUCUAUGCAAUACCAUUUCACAGUGUGAAGAACCUAAGCAUCUGAUGAAAUGAGGGAUCAUACAUGGGAAAAAUGUGUGAGCCUGCCCCCCAUUAUCAGUAAGAAAGAAUGGAAAUUGUGAAGACGUCUUAGGAGCAUCCCUUAGGCCACUAACAAUCCAGGGUUGGCCACUUUGUGAGAAGGAGGUUGGUAUAGUACAUUGUUCAAAGAAAUCGGCUCGGCAAGUAUAAGAGCCUUGGUUCUGUCUAAAUGAACUUCUGUUUGUUUAGCAGGACAAAGGAGCCAAAUUCUUUUACAAAGUUGUCCCCAAAGAGAAAACCUUUUGCCUGUGUUAUCUGGCUCGUUUGGGCUCAAUCUUGAGCAAGAUCGAUUUGUGGCGUUCUGUGACAACCGCAUUGUUGGCGUUGCCAACUUAAAUUACUCUCUGGAUCUAACCACUUAAGAUGGCGCAAUCUAAUUCUAGAUCAUCCUCCACUGCUUCAAAGAUCUUGGCUGCUGAGCCCAAGAUGCCCAGGAUUUUAUCCUGACAGUUUUGCGAUGAAAAUCUAAGCCUUUAGAUGGCUUCCAUCCUGUCUUACUCAGGAAUUGAAUGCUUUUAGGAUUGACUGAUAGCGUUUAACAUGAGUCAUCAGGGACUGUUCGGUGUGGCCAUUCAGCCCGCAAUUUAUUUCACUUUGCCUUCUCAAAAGGCUUGCGUACUCUGGAUGCCAAUAUACUUUGCUACAUGGUCUGAGGAGACCACUGGAUGACAUAGGUCGUCAGGUUCGAAUAGGGGUUCACAUUGAGUGUCCAAGAUCCUAUCGGUGUCCCUGAGUCUGCAUAAUCUACCUAAAUCUUGGUAGGUUUAACAGGACGUGUAUCCCAAACGGGAUUAGCAUCCUCUUCAUCAGUAAUUUCAUAAUCAGGAUCAGAAAUAUCCUCUGAAUCCUUCAUAUAGGACCCAGGGAACUCCUCCUCAAUAUCACUGAACUUGGAUUCAGAGUUUAAUUGGGCUUUUGCCCUUUUCCAAAGUCUAGUCGAUUUUGCCCGACUAGUAGCUCUUUUGCGCGGUGGUAAAUUAAUCGCGCCAUCCAUGACAGGUAUGGUACUGUCCAUCUCUAUUGUUUUGGAGGAGUGUUUAGCCUUAUAUGAGGCCUUGCGGCCAGGCUGAAGCAGAGCAGGUGUGAGUACAGAUACACCUCCAUAUAGUACUCAGGUAACUCCUCCUCAAUAUCAUAUAGUACUCAGGGAACUCCUCCUUAAUAUCCCUGAGCUCAGAUUUAGAGUUCAAUUGGGCUUUUGCCCUUUUUCAAAGUCUAGUCGAUUUUGCCCGACUAGUAGCUCUUUUGCGUGGUUGUAAAUUAAUCACGCCAUCCGUGACAGGUUUGGUACUGUCCAUCUCUAUUGUUUUGGAGGAGUGUUUAGCCUUAUAUGAGGCCUUGCGGCCAGGCUGAAGCAGCGCAGGUGUGAGUACAGGUACACCUCCAUAUAGAACUCGGUGAACUUCUCCUCAAUAUCACUGAACUUGGAUUCAGAGUUUAAUUGGGCUUUUGCCCUUUUCCAAAGUCUAGUCGAUUUUGCCCGACUAGUAGCUCUUUUGCGCGGUGGUAAAUUAAUCGCGCCAUCCAUGACAGGUAUGGUACUGUCCAUCUCUAUUGUUUUGGAGGAGUGUUUAGCCUUAUAUGAGGCCUUGCGGCCUGACACCAGGGCCUUGUCAUUGCUUUUGCCAUGGAAGUGUCAAUUAAAGCCUGCAUGUCAGCAGGAUCAGUAAAGCAGAAAUUCAGCCUCAUCUCCAGAGAUACCUGGAGAGGCUUCUACAUUAAUCUGCAUGUUUGCUGUAGACCCAGAAGGCACAGAAAGAUCCUGUCAGACUGCAUCAUAAAUAUACAAACAAACCUAAGGAGCUGAAUAAAGCAAAAUAAUACCAAAAAUAAAGGGUUGAGUAACCCUCAAGUAAAAAUAAAUAACUAAACAGGAUAAAGAAAUGAAAGUACUCACAAUAGUGAAAAAAAAAAAAAAAAUAGCAAUUGUAAUAUAAAAACAAAGGAGCUGCCCGGCUGCCGCUACAACUAAACCCCAACUUGGAUUUCUGGCAGUUGGUGGCAGAGCAGCAGCCAGACAGAUAAAUUAAGGGAAAAAACAGCACAAUGGCACUAUUCAGGGGAUAAAGAUCCUCAAAGACGUCCCUGAGCCCCAAUUGAUGGUAUUCUUGGGGCCAGGGAGGUCAGAGGGGAAAUACAUUAUCAAAGGAUAUAUAAUAAAGCAUAUAACAGACGCAAAUGAAGUAAAUAAAUCAAAUUACGUUAAAAUGAAGUAACUAAAUAUAUGUAUACACAUGAAAAUAUUAUAAUUAAAAUGUAAUAACUAUAAUAACUAUAUUAAUCACAGUAAUGAUAUGAAUAAAGUAAAGUAAAAGAUCCCACAGUUAAGAACCGUGGGACCCAGAGUCACUUAACUGAGGUAGCAGCAAAGAAAGAGGAAGUAGUAUACUGGACACUGCCUAUUAUGCUAUAAAGAGGAUGCUGAUUGGCUGUUGCUGUUGCUAGGAAGAUAUACCUCAUGUUAUUUACUGGUUUCUUUUAUACCGAUUUAAUGUUAUUUUUCUUUGCUGCUGAGGUAAAUAAAGAAAGAGUGCAGCAUAAUAGGAGCCUCCGUGUCUUAAUAAAAUUUAAUAUCCAUGAACAUUCCUUCAGUAGUCAGUGCUGCUCUAAGGGUACUGCUCUCUGAUACCGUGCUUCCUUUUCCUUCAUUAUAUUUAUGAAAAGGUCAGGGACAAAACAUUGAAAAUUAAUUGUAUUUAUUUUCUUUGAGAAAGAAAAUAAUCUUUUAAGGCAUUCUGUAACUUUAAAAAAAAAAAAAAAUUUAAACACUGAUUACAAAUUUGCAGUGAAAACACCUUCACUGUAUAAUGUAAUGACUUAAAUAAUGGUUUUGUCCGGGAAGGAUUUUUUUGUGCAAAAUAUAUAAAUGUCUUUAGAAUCAACAUGGUAAUUUGUACAGUCAUCAUAAUCUUCCUCCAGGCCACUUUUCUGUCGGUAGUACAUUAAUUAAACUUGCCAUAUAAAUGAAAAAAACUAAUUGGCUGUAUCUCCAAGAUUUAUUGUUAAUUGGUGUAAGGGCUAAUGUGUUUGUUACAGUUUUACUAGAACUUUUGAACACGUUAGGGUGUGUCAGUAUAAUUAUAGUUAUUUUACACUCUUUUGUCUGAAACAGAAUGCUGUGUCGAGCUGCUCUCAGUUGCCGUAUGGGCUCCCGGGGACGAUGCCUUUUAUCACGAUUGCGGACCACAGCAUCCCCAUCUCAUAUGCAAUGUAAGUAUUUACAUAUGAAAGAAUUACCCCAGGAUAGGAAAACCUAGCCAAGGGGUUAGACAAGGGUUACAGAGGUAAGACAGGGCAUAACCCUAGGAAUUAAACAAUGAAAGUAGAUAGUGAGGAUUGUUGGCUUCAAACUAGGAAAGCCAACCAGCUUCACUAAGAUCACCUCUUAAAUAAAAAUAAAUAUGAGAUAAUGAACUUUAUUAGCAAAAAUUAUAUAUAUAUAUAACUACCUAAAUAAUGUGUAAAUGUGCAAAAUCAGUUAUCUAAGUGAAAGUUAAAGGACUGCUCGAAUUGUACCAUAAAUAUAAGCCCUACCUCUAGGAAACUCCACAGGCUAGAAAAGUGGCAACUUUGUACCAAUGACUAGGAUCAAUGUGUUACAAAAGUAACAGACUGCUUGUUAAUAGUGCAGAGCAUCAUAGUAGUUGUAGUUCCGGACUGCUGGGCUGCGUUGCUACUUUUUGGUCAAAAUAUCGCAUUUACUAUCCUAUUUACUAACUGCAUUAUAUAUUUCUAUCUGUGUCAUAGAUAUUCCGACCUCUGGCCUGAUUUCUCAGAAUGCUCGGCAAUGGAGCAAUAUUCCGUUUAUUACUAUGCCCCUUAUUCGCUCGCAUGGUAAACCAUUUGCCCACCGUAGUGAGCUAAAACAUGCCAAGCGCAUUGUGGUAAAGCUGGGAAGUGCUGUUGUGACUCGGGGCGAUGAGUGUGGACUUGCACUCGGAAGGUUGGCAUCAAUUGUAGAGCAGGUAUGGCAAGAUAAUGUUAAAUUAUUUUGUAUUGUAAGUCCGGGAUGUCACACUGCACGUCCCAGCUGUAGAACUACAACUCCUACUGUUAUUGAGCAACAGACUGGUAGAGAAUGUUGAUGGUUGUAGUAGUCUAAUCGAACAUGGGUGCAAAACUCUAUAUAGCCCCAAAGUCAAUACAUAACUGAAAUGCUAAUAAGUGAAAUGACCCUAUAUUCCUAAACACAGAAGUUUCUGAUUAUUAUUUCUUAAAGGAUCACUCCAAGUAUCAUAACCAUUAUAUACCCUGGCAUGGGUCAUGGUCAUCAGAGGUUGAUUCUGGCACUGGUUAAGGGGCCAAAUUGUUUACCAAUGGUUUGCCUCUUACCUGGAUCCAUCUAGGCGCCUCCUGGCAUGACUGCUGACCAGCAACCAACUUCUGCAGAACUGUUGAAGCCUGGACUCUGCCAGUCAUUAUUCUGCCAGUCAUUGAUUGGCGGUUAAUGGCAUUACUUAGCUGGAGUUAAACCUGUGGCAACUAGCCUAAAUAUAUGUGUGUGCGCAACAUUUGAUUUCAAACGCUGCACAUACGGACUCCGUGACUACUUCAAAACACUUUAGUCAUGGUGCUUGGAGUAAUCUUCCAAUUACCUGUACAAAAUGAUUUAAUGACUAUUUGCACAGGAUGUGUGACAGAGCUCCUGUACUCCGACCGAUCUACCCCAAUAUGCAAAUGAACAAGCCUUGCUAUUAAAGGAACACUCCAGGCACCCAGACCACUUCUGCCCAUUGGAGUGGUCUGGGUGCCAACUACCCUUAACCCUGCAAGUGUAAUUAUUGCAGUUUUUUUAUAAACUGCAAUAAUUACCUUGCAGGGUUAACUCCACCUCUUGUGGCUGUCUACUAGACAGCCACUAGAGGGCACUUCCGUGUCCAAAGCACUGGAAACCUGUGCUAGAGCGUCGCUGGACUUCCUCACGCUGUGUGAGGACCUCCAGCGUCGCUCAAUUCCCCAAAGGAAAGCAAAUGCUUUUUGAUGCUUUCCUAUGGAGAGCUCUAAUGCACGUAAUCACUGGGAGGAGCUGCGGCGAGCAGAAACCACCGCCGAGGGACAUCGACGGGGUCUCAGGUAAGUGAGCUGAAGUGGUUUUCAUCCCUUCAGCUACCGGGGGAUGGGUGGUGGGAGGGAGAGGGGACCUGCAGUGCCAGGAAAACGGAUUGUUUUCCUGGCACUGGAGAGUCCCUUUAAGGUAGUGCAUAUAGCUGUUGCUAUCAACAGAGGGCGCUCUGAAGGCUCCAUAGCCAAAUCCACCUUGUUGGCAGCAUGCAUCAGCAGGGCAGAAGAGCAGACAAAACAAUGAACAAUACACAAAUACAUAUACACACCAUGCACCUAUAAUGGCCACAGGAUGACUUGGGCAUAGGCGUAGUCCAGGGACCUAAUAUAAAGUUUUGGUCUGCUCCCAGUGAUGGUGACUACCGUCACAGAAUGCAAGAUUUUAUAUUUCAGCUGUGCUCUAUUUAAGAUGGAAUGUUUCACCUGCAGGUGUCAGUACUACAGAACCAGGGUCGAGAAAUGAUGAUUGUUACCAGUGGUGCCGUGGCUUUUGGAAAGCAGCGUCUCCGUCAUGAAAUUCUUUUAUCCCAGAGCGUGAGACAAGCGUUGCAUUCUGGGCAGAAUCAGCUGAAAGACAUGGUAAGUGCAGUCCUGUCUGUAGACUGGGGGUUGUCAUUAAAAAGAGGUGUUUAGCAGGAGUGCACAGCCUUUUUAGAGAGGGGACCAGACGACAUAUCCAUCAUACAUGGCACUAAACCUUUAAAAUUUCAGGAAGAGACCUGUCUCACGUAAAGGGAGCCUGAUAUUGCCAAAUUUCCAUUGGUCGACUGUUGGGAUGCAAUUUCCUUUGAAGGCAAGAGUACAUCAAUAUGUGUACACUGAGGGCUGUGGGCCAAAGGUCUUGGCCUCCUAGUGUUUAGGAACCAGUGCUUCUAAGAUUUUCAGCUAGGGAAGGCUGACUGAUGCUCCAGGCAGCUGGAGGCCUACAGGUUGAUUAUCUUCUGCACACAAUAUUUUUGUGCAUUGUUGCUGAUUUGUAACUAAUAUCUGUCAUUUAAUCUAUCAUCAUUCUCAGCAAGUUCCUGUACUGGAAGCACGGGCUUGUGCUGCUGCUGGUCAGAGUGGACUUAUGGCUCUUUACGAGGCUAUGUUUACACAAUACAGCAUCUGUGCAGCUCAGGUAAGAUUUAAUAAUUAUAUAUUUUUUUAAAUUGAACACAACAGGUUGAAAGGUAAAUUAUUUCCAUGCAGCUGUAAAUUCCUGAUAACGUAAAAUGAUGUACUUGCACUAUUUCUUGCAGACCUUACCCUUGUUGGCUUUUCGCCUGUCCAUGCAGUUUGUUGCUGAUCUGAAGGCUGCUUUAAUUGGCCUUUAUCGGCCGCAGACAGAUUAGAUCUGUGGUAUCUAAACUAUUUGAUAUUUAUUUUGCCAUCACAUCCAUCUCAGUUCACCUUAAUGGACCCCGUUGCCCAAGUGACAGACAUAUUGUGUCCUUCAUAACCUCGUAGCAUUGGCAUGGGGCCAUUAAUAAUAUGCACCGUGUGGGAAACUAUCAUUCUGAAGCUUGCCAUUAGCACAUAGCGUGACUAUUUUCCCCAGUAUGGAUUCUUUAUUUUCAAACCAGAGCAGUAUAAUACACCAUUUUAGAUGUAUAUAUUAAGAAACAACAUAGUUAUAAAAUCCCACAGGAAGAAAGAUGAAUGAGGCCACUAUGGAAUAGGUGAUGAAAACAAAAUAAAAUAAAAAUAAAAAAAAUUAUAUAUUUUUUAUUACUCAAUAAUAUAUCCAGGGAUUAUGUAAUGUUUUACUAGUACCAUGGGCUAAAGCAGCAAGGUGAUUGAUUGGUUUUUAAGAAUCAUUACAGUAUAAAAUUGUUAAAGGGCCUCUGUAGGUCAUAGAGACAGUUUUUUUUCUUUCCUGUCACGCAACUUUGGGUACACGUCUAGCAGUCUAUAUUCAAAGCCUUAUACACAUAUACAUAACAGAGGUUUUUAGUACCUGUAAAUGGACAUCAAAAUGUGAGCUUGUCUGCCGUGACAAGGUGUUGUAGUAGUUGAGCUAAAGACUGCUGUCCCAUUGUGGCCUUUGCUGCCACAAUAGGACAGCGCAGGGCUCAAAGAGGUACCCAGACCACCUUAGCUCAUUGAAGUGGUUUGGGUGCAAUGACCACCUUAGUCCUGCAGUGUAAAACAUAUCUGUUUUUGAGAAAAAUGCAAUGCUUUUCUAUGGGGAAGGCUUAAUGCGGUUGCCACACGUGUGCAUUAUUUCCCCCAUCUGACAUAGGAGGGGGCGGAGUGCCAACCCAGCAUCGAAGGACAUCCGCAUUGAAAUCGGCAAUUUAAAAAAAAUAAAAAUUUUAAAGUGUCUUUAACCCUUUCUGUGCCCCAGGGGUGGGUGAGAGUGGGUAGGACCAGAAUGCACAAUAGUGUUAGGAAUAAAACUUUUUAUUCCUAACAGUAUAUAGGUUUUCUUUAAUGUAGUGUAUGUAAAUCUGAAGAUUUAGUGAGGGCCAGUAUGUCUAGAAUUAUUCAUUUUUUAUUUUUCAUUUUUUUUUUUAUAAUUUUACAGUAGUAAGAUGCAAAUCAAAGGCAUUUAUAUAACUGUUGUAGCAUGACUAGAUUUAAAGGUUAUUAUAGCUAAAACCAAAUACAGUACAGUGCUGUGUUUCAUGAGCAAAGUCAUAUUGGCAGGUCGAAACGGCCUUCUAAGGUCCACUCCAACAUGGUGGAGAUGUUGUACUCCACUAGAAAAGAAAAAUCAAUAUACCGUAUAUCAACAAUUAUCUUUUUAAUAUUUGUCAUAUUGAUAUACCAAUAUUUAUCAAAGUUUAAUUGCUCCUGUUCACCGUUUUUGUUUUUGUUUUUUCCUAUGUUAGAUUUUGGUCACAAACUUGGAUUUCCACGAUGAGCAGAAGAGACGGAAUUUAAAUGGAACACUGCAUGAGCUCCUACGAAUGAACAUUGUUCCCAUCAUUAACACCAAUGAUGCUGUUGUUCCUCCUCCUGAGCCUAACAGUGAUCUGCAGGGGGUAAAUGUGGGUGAAGUAUUCCUGUGGGUUUGGAUGCAGAUGUUUAGAGCAUAGCCGUUGUGCUUGCAGCAGGCAUUGCUUUGAAUUUGCAUGGUCUGGCAUGAAGUCGCCUUAACAUUGCAUGACUUUUACUUCACUAGGUAAAGUGGUUUUCAAACAUAAUGUAAGGAUAGGAGCAAUCUUAUCAUGCAGAAGUUCCAUAUAUAAUAUGAUUAAUUACCUUUCAGACUGUCUUUAGACAGAUAUUUGUUUUUUGUUACCUCCUUCACCUCUCUCCCACCCCUGCUAUGUAUAUGAAUAUAUUUUAAUUUAAUAAUAUACAUAAAAACUGAUUCUUUUGAGAAAGCGCAAAACCAGUACUCUUGAGAUGGAAUGCUUGGUAAGAAAAAUGCCCAAAUGCAAUAACUGUCAAAUCCAUAUGGGACUGACCACCUUUCUUUUUAAUGUAUUAUAUUGGUACUGCAAUUUAAAACAUUCAAAAGUAAAGUUAAAAUAAACAAAGUACCCACAUUUUAAGUUUAUACAUUUUCUACAGACUCACAAGAUUUGUAACUUCUGCGUUGAGCUUUCUCAUUCCUUACAUGAAUUUAACAUUUAACCUUUCUGCAGGGGAUUAUGGAAAACCUAUAUCCUAACUUCAGCACCUGUUACAUUCAUUAAAGGGAAACUAUAGUGCCAGGAAUACAAAGUUGUAGAGAAGGGGUUAAAAACCCCUUCUGGCUCGGGGUUCGCUUUCGCUGCACCUCGCCGACAUCAGUCGGCGGGGGAGACCUAGAGUCACCUAAUGACCCGGAAGUCCCUCUAGUGGAUGUCUGUUAUACAACCACUAGUGGUUGAGUUAACCCAUAAAGAUAAUUAUUGCAGUUAAAUAAAAACAGGGACCUGGGGCACUGCACACAGACCACUUAAAUGAGCUGAAGUAGUCUGAAUGUCUAUAGUGCCCCUUUAAGAGUCAAGAAUGCUUUAUAAGUUGUUCCUCUAUAACCGAAUCAAAAGGCAUGUCAUGCUUUAAAAAAUAAAAAAAAUAUAUAUUACUAUGAAGAUAAGGCUACUACAAUAUACUCACUCAAAUCUAUGAGAAUAGCUGUUGGAGGAGGUGGGGAGAUAAGUUUUAUCUUACAAAUUUAUACAUCCAAAACUGAUUAGAAUCCAUCAUCGGGGCAUCCUAAAUAUGAUAUGAUAUGGUUGAUUUUAACUAAUUAAAUGGAUCUUUUAUUUUAAUACUAAAGUCUCUUAUUCAGCAAACAACCUGUCUUACUCCGCUCCAGUAUCAGCCUCUCUCUCAUAUACGGUUUCUUACUAUGCUUGACCUUAAAUAAUCUAAUUGGAUGUUUUUUUUUUUUUGGCUAGGUAAUUAGCAUUAAGGAUAAUGACAGCCUGGCUGCCCGACUCGCCGUUGAGAUGAAAGCAGAUUUAAUAAUUGUUCUGUCUGAUGUGGAAGGUAUAACUAAAUAUAUGUUUUUGUCUUGGACCUCCUUUGUCUCCCAUAAAUAAAUAUAUGCUGCGUUUCAUUUUUCUAACUUCUUUUUGCUUUCCAUAUACAACCUGGUUGUUUUCCUGAAUUUUAAAGUAUUUCUUGUCAUCUCUGUCUUUCCAGGACUUUUUGACAGCCCUCCUGGCUCAGAUGAUGCUAAACUAAUAGAUAUUUUCUACCCUGGGGACCAACAGUCAGUAACAUUUGGGACCAAAUCAAGAGUUGGCAUGGGAGGAAUGGAGGCAAAGGUAAUUAAAACGUUUCUGAAUGGGGUGUAUUCAAGUCACAGUUGGCACCUGAAAUUGUUGGGAUAGCACCUAUGAUAAUACAGGAGAGAAUAAGUUUGAUUAGUCUCAGUGGCUCAGAGAUUUAAUCAACUUAUUACAGAGUCUCUGUGGCAGAUGAGUCAUCUCUAGGCAGAUGUAUGGGUUUUUCAAAUGGGAUGGCUCCACCUAACUUACUAUGAUUCAGUACAGUUUUUUUUUUUUUUUUUUUUUUAAUUCUCUUUUUAUUAUCAAAUUUAUCACCAUAAUUACAUUAUAUAAAAAAGUAUUUAAAAACAUUCAAAUUCAUACACAUAAACACAAAGACAAAAAUGGCAAAAAAAAACAAACAAAAAAAAGAUUCAGUACAGUUUCUUUUUUUUUUUUUUAAAUCUUUAUUUUUCAUGUGGAAAGAUAACAUAUUCAGGAAGUUGGCCACAACAGCCUCGACACAUCGAUUAGAAUCAGUACAUAUCAAAUACAAGGCAUUGUUGUGUGCUAUUCACACACAUUUUAUAUUUACAAUAGGUCACAUUGUUACAGUGAGGUUUUAAAAUCUAAUAACUGUAGGGGUGGAAGACUUCUGUCUACCUAAGACACCCUAAGGUCUGUGGAGUCGUAGGUGGGGGGGGGGAAAGGCAUUUACUGCUAGGUCCAGUGGCUGGUCCCAAUUCUAGGUCGUGCGGCUAUAGUUAUUGGUGUUGGGUAAGUCUCUUGACCCUUUUGAGUUUGGGUAAGGAUGCGGAUUGCGGUAGUUACGGGGACCCUCUAAUGGUGCCUGUCUAGGACUAUGUCCGCUCCUCUUUUGCUUUUCCCUGGUCGUAGCUAUUGGUGGGUGCCCAUGUGUGUGGUGCUCAGGGUGUCUUUGUGGCCCUAGUGGUAACUACAAAUCGUGUCUAUGUAUAUACAUAGGUCGCCGUAGUGUGACCGGAUUAAGUUGUGCCCUUGGGGCAUCAGACCUCGCGAUGAGCCUGAUUCCAGUCAGGAUUACUAUGUCGCCUUUGAUGUCGUUUCCCAUUAACCCAAGGGAGGGGGGGGGGAUUGUUAUCGGAGUUAGUGUGCGCGGCUCUGGUGGGCCACUUUAGCACUGUUAUAGCCGUUAGAAUGUGAGAGAACUACAUUUAACUUAAAUGAACCGAUUUAUCAACUUAAAAUAUUUAAACUAGUGAAACUAAGGCCUAUGAGGCCGUCGGUGAGGCAGUUCGUUCAGGUUUUGGUUUUCGGCCCUCUGCUUAUUCCAGGAGUUGCGGAUGAAUCUGUGCUCGUUGUCCCUGGUCGUUGAGCCGGCUGUGUCAUAGAGGUCGCUGCGAGGUUCGAUAUUCCCAAUGCGGUCAUCAGUGCCGGGCCCUCUGCGUGGUCGGUAGCUCUGUAGUGCUUGUCAUCUUUAGUGACCCAGAGAGUUCCUGGAGUUGCCCAUCUAUAGGCUACUCCUGCGGCUUGGAGUUGUUUGGUGAUAGGUUGCAUACUUUUGCGCCACAUCAGUGUGGCCCUGCUCAAGUCCUGAAAGAAGGAGAGUUUGCUGUCUUCAAAGUCAAGAGGUGUUUUCCCUUGCAUAGCCGCCAUUAGCCCCAGUUUGUCCAACAUUGAUUGGCAUCUCAAGAUUAUGUCCCUUGGGGCUGAGUUGGGUGCUUGUGGGGAUUUGGCUAUCCUGUAAACCCCGUCGAACUGGAACGUUUUAGAUUGUCUAGUUGGCAGGAGUGUGGCCACAAGGCGUCUGAUGAAAUGUGGCAACUCUUCCAGCGGUAUCGAUUCAGGUACCCCUCGGAUUUUUAUGUUCUUUCGACGCCCCCUAUCAUCUAGGAGAGUAACUUGCCUGGACAUUGUUGCUUGUGCAGCUUGAAGGUGUCGCACCGUCUCUCCCAAUUCCUGGUAGUUCCCUCUUAGUCCCUUUACCUCCUCUUCUACCGCUUGAGUGCGCGUGGACACGGCGUGCACGUCUAGUUUAAGCACUGCCAGGUCCGCUUCCCACAUUUGUCUUAAGUUCUGCUGCAGGCCUGUCAGCAUAGCCUGUAUGUCUUGUUUGGAGGCUGGUGCGCUGGCUUCUGGCAUCCACGUGUGUGUGGGGUGUUGGGGAUUGAGGUGUGGGCUGUCUAGUGAUUCUUCCUCCUCUGAUGGUCCUGGGGAGGUUUCACGGGGGGUCUGUGCCUUUACUGCGCUUGGGGCCUGUAACAUUUGGCCUAUGUCGCGCUGCGGUUUUGGGGCAGUUUCUGUGUUCUGCGCCCCAUCUCACCUGAGCUGUGUGUGCUGGGGUACCAGUCCUCAAAUUCUGGGACACUCCAGGGCCAGUGUUCUCCCGAGCUGGGUUGAGGUUGCCUCCCUGCCCGGUAGGCCUUGCCGCCUCGGCGUCUAUUUUUCGAGCCGGGCGUCAGGAGAAACGGCAUCGGCGGUUUCAGCGAGGGUCCCUGCGGGCUGUGGCUGAUUAUGUGGCCGGGAUUAGUGCGGGAUGCCCCCGAUGUGGCUGGAUUGCCGUGCGGUAGCUCGGAGCUCCGGCAAUGUGCGACCGCUCCGGUCCGGUGCUAGGCUCCGCCCCUUCAGUACAGUUUCUAAUAAGUCCUGCUAACCCUUUCAUUAAGAACACCCACUAGUCUGCCUCUUCCUUUCCCUUUCAUUCAUAGGGAGUGGGACAUUUACCUUUAAUGUAUCCAGGAAUGAGUCUAAUAUUUAUUGGUUUUAUUAAUGUGGUGAUGUAGCUGAAUGUGAUUAACAUUUCCACACUUACUAAUGAGCUUGAUAAAUUUUAGAAAUACAUUUUGUUUGGUGAUAGACCAAAAAAACAAAAAUACAUCACUUGUUUUUCUUUUUCAUUCCGUCUUUAAGUUAGGUUAUGACAGCCAUUCAUUAUCUGCCAUAAUCACCUUAAACCCUGGGUGUGGUUGCAGAUUGUUAUGUAGGGACAAUGUUUGUUUGCCUAUGCAAACAGUUGAUUCCUGCUCCAUGAUGAUUGCCGAUAGCUUAAACUGAAUGAGAGACAUUGUAAAGUGGUCAAAGAAGACUGUAUAUAAAUGAAAUGGUUUUGACCUGAGAGCAGUUGUCUCAGUCUCAGCAUGCUAAGCAUGCUGGUACUUGGAGCCCAGCGAUAGAACUGCAGCUGCCCAGACUUGCAAUUACUCAAUCAACUAUUAUUGAACACAUUUGGAAUUAUGAUCCAUUAUUGACUUUCUAACAGACCUGUAAAAACAAGUAUUGCUUUUAGCUUAAAAUUAAGUUUAAACCUGUAAUGUAUGGCUCCAUCUUUGUCAGCCACAUUUAGCAAUGCCAUCAGUUAGUGCUUAAUGUGUGGCUGUACUUACAUUAACUUUAAAAGGGACACUAUAGUCACCAGAACAAAUGCUGCUUAAUGUAGUUGUUAUGGUGUGUAUAGUAUGUCAGUGCAAGCAUUUUAGUGUAAACACUGUCUUUUCAGAAAAAACGUGGCAGUAACUCAGAGGGCCACUAGAUAUGCUUCCCGGGUCAGUGCUGCACAAUGUAAAUAGAUGCUGAUUAGCACUGCACUUUGCCGCGCAUGUGCAAUAGUCUCCCAAUGCUUUUACACAGGAAAGCAUUGGUUUGGCUGAAAUCAUCAAGUUUGAUCUCCGCCAAGGAGGCAGAGCAGAGGCUGGCCAGCCGCAAGGAGUCAACGCGGCGCUGGAAAAAGGUGAGUAAAAUCAUCUUUAACUUAGCUGACGGGGUCCAGCCACCUAAACUAGUUUUUUUACAGCUAUAGCAACAGGAAUAUAUAUUUGUCACUAUAGUGAUCCUUUAAGGUUUAGGCCUCUAUUUCAAUUCUCCUGAAACUAUAAUUAUAGUAAUCAAAAGUUAAAAAUAGAAUUAUACAACGGAAAAUGUAAUUAUUUUAUGGUAAUAUUGUUUCUUUUCUUCAAAUUCCAUGAUUACAUUUUUUCUUUGUCUUUAUUGAUUGUCUUUCCUUUUUAAACAGGUGAAAGCUGCUCUAUGGGCCCUGCAGGGGGGUACCUCUGUUGUUAUUGCUAAUGGCACGCACCCCAAGAUAUCUGGUCAUGUGAUUACUGACAUUGUUGAGGGAAAGAAAGUUGGUACCUUUUUUUCAGAAGUAAAACCUGCUGGUAAGAUUUUAUUAAGGUAGCAUUUAAAUAAUAAAAAAAAAAUCUAUCUUCAUUUUGUGUCGGGGUUCCACAAGCAUAUUCCUGGCAAAACGUCCUAGAAUUGUGUACCUUACAUUGUGUAGCCAGAUCCCACCAUUGAUUCAGAGGUUACAUUUAGAGCACAAUUCCAAAUGAGUGGAUAAAUAUGCAUGUCUGAGUGGAUUUCAAAUUAAAAUACUCAUGGCAAUAAGGUAUGCUAGUCUUCUUUCCAUGGGGUACAUUUUGCCAUACCAACACAUAUUAGAAUAUUUUGGUAAAUAUAUAUAUUUUUGUUCCUUGUCAGAUGGAGACACCAUAAGCAUUGUGUAAAGUGAAUAAUCUAAGGAUAUGGUGACUAAGUGUAUUUUGAAGAUAACUUAGCCUGUCCAAGUAAAGAAAAUAAAGUUAUAAAAUGUCGGUGGGGACCUUAGCCAUCCUGGCAGUAUGGGUAUUACAAUAGACUGUCUAUUAAAUCCUAAGACUUAAAACAUACUAUUACAGACGCAACACUUGGAAUUAUGUCAAUAACAUUAAACAAUAAGGCUACUGGGCAAAGUUUGUUACUUAUCCUGCCUCAACUAUUUCCAAAAUCUUAUUGUUUUAUAUAUUAUUAUUUUUUUUUAUUCUCUUAUCUCUCCAUUUUUUUUCCCCUCUCUAUUCUCCACUAAUUGUUUGGUUUUUUUUUUCUCGUUUCUCUCUUGACCCAUCUCUGUAUAUGCCUCUAUGUGACUUACAUGUAGUUUCCAACAAGUAGAGGGACUAAUUCAUGGUGUUUUACUUUGGAAAUAUAUAUUACACAUAUAAAACAUGCACUAUAUGUGUAACCUAAUGAAUAAUCUGUAAUGGAGCACUAUCUGUGUUAAGCUGUAACCUCAAGAACCAUUGCACUGAUUGGGUAGCAGGCAGCUGUAGGGAAGCUGAUAUGUGAUCAUCAUGCAAUAUAUUUGUUGUUCUUGUUCUUGUGUUCUCCAGGUCCCACAGUGGAACAACAAGCAGAAAUGGCCCGCUCUGGUGGCAGGAGCCUGGCAGCAUUGCAGCCAGAGCAGGUAGAUUAUCUUUGUCAUUAGCAAUGGUACGUCUGACUUAAUCCCUCUCAAAGGGACACUCUAAGCACCAAUACAACUUUAGUGAAGUCGUUUUAGUGUAAAGAUCAUGUCAUGCUCUGUUCUCUGCCAUUUAGUUAAAUCACUUUGUUUAUGCAGCCAUAGCCACACUUUCCCCUAUAUUGACCGUGUGUAGAUAAUAUCUGGUACUAUGCACGGUAUGUAUUUCAGGAACACACUAUGAUUUUAUAGGGAUUUUUAAAACUUCAGGAUUUGAACUUUUAAAAUUGUUAAUUUUUAUUUCCUUUUUCUUGAUUUAUUUAUUUUUUGGUAGAGAGCCGAGAUCAUUUAUCAUCUUGCUGACCUUCUGACUGAUAACAGAGAUGAGAUUCUUUCAGCUAACAAAAAGGAUAUGGAAGAGGCAGAGGAGAAAGGUAUUUAAACUACACAGUGCUACUUUUGUUAUUGUUUUAAAAUAUGCAUAAAAUAUGCAAUUCUUAAAUCCAGAAGACAUUGAUUUAUUCUGACAAAGUGUCUGGUAACUUAAGUCAUAUACAAAGUACGGAGAGAAUACUUAACAAUAUAAAUAUAAACAAUUAAUAGGGUGAUAUUCCAUAACGGUGCUCCCUCAAAUAUCAAAAUGACCAAUAAUAAAUAAACAACGCACACCAUACCACAUUCCUAUCAGGAGGAGCAGAAACGUUGGGGGUUUUUGUUUGAUUCGUGUUUCUGCCCGAUUAGGCUUGUGGAAUGUGGUAAAUAUUGAUUUCGGUUUAUUAUUUGCCUAGUGAGUCACUUAUUGCUGUACUAGUAUUGUAUAUGUACUUGUGAUGUAAUAAAUACAGAUAGACUUUUUAUGUUCUUAUGGUGUGCGUUCUUUGUUUAUUUAUUAUUGGUAACUUAACAGUAAAAUGUGCUUAUAUUCGGCUUACUGUAACACGUAUUAAUAGCUCAGUGCCCGAAAAGACUUAGAUUUGAAUAAUACAUUUUAGGAAGAUUGGCUCCUCCUCUGCUGAAACGCUUAAGCUUGUCGACGGCCAAGUUAAACAGCCUAGCCAUUGGACUGAGGCAAAUUGCUGCCUCCUCACAGGACAGUGUUGGACGUGUCCUUCGUAGAACAAGAAUUGCCAAAGAAUUGGAGUUGGAGCAGGUGACUGUACCCAUCGGUGUUCUGCUGGUUAUUUUUGAGUCGCGACCAGAUUGUCUCCCCCAGGUAUGGUAAUGCACAAUCAAACUAGUUUGUUCAUUUCAUAAUGUAUAAUGGAAAUAUUGUUAGGAAUGACCUACACAGCCCAAUAUCUGAGGUUUUACUUGAUGCCUUACAUUUGUUGUAAUAGUAUAAUGUUUUGUUUGGUUACCAAUUUAAAGGAAUAGUCUAAGCACCAGAUAAUUGUAAUAUUUCUGAUGCAGAGACUGUCCCUGCAGUUUCUGCAAUGUAAGCACUACCUUUUCUAGGGAUACCUCUAUUGACUGUCAAUAACACAGGCAAUAGAGCUUUUCCUGGUGCAGUCCUGCAAUCUUUGCAUGGCUGACAUUCGGUAACUUCAUGAUGACGCUAAACACUUCUCAUAGAGAUGCAAAUAGUAUCUCUGAUGGGAUGCUGAUUGUUAUAGAGGGGCAUAGAACACUAGCCCCUCAAAGCUUCCCUAUGGGGAAGCAUUGGAUUGGUUGAGAUAAUCUGUGAUUUCUAUUGGCUUCAUGGGUAAAUCUGAGAUUCAUAUCAAGAUCAUAACAGAGCUACUGGAAUUUGUCCUGAUUUUAGAAUUCCUUGCUCUCUAGCUUCUUCAGAAAUUCUUUCAUUUCAGCUAGAGAUAUGUUUUGUAGGAUCAGACGAAAGUUGUUUUUAUAUAUUUUUAUCAUUCAGGAUUUGGAAUGCGUUUCCAAUGUAUUCUCCUAUGUCCUUUGUCCUGCAAACAGUGCUUUUCUGAAUAUGCAUAUCUGACCUUCAUGUUCUCCUCUUUGUCCUGCAUUCUGAUUUUAGGUUUCAGCACUGGCUAUUUCAAGUGGCAAUGGCUUGCUCCUUAAAGGAGGAAAAGAGGCAUCUAACAGCAACCAGAUUCUAUACCGUCUUACUCAGGAAGCACUGGCUCUUCAUGGUGUAAAGGAUGCAGUGCAGCUUGUAAGUACCUUUUUUGAGACCCUGAGUUUGUGGCAUUCAGGGUCUUCCAGUAAAUGUUUGCUAGAUGUUAAUUGAUUUUGCUGAUUCUUAUUACAGGUAAACACCAGAGAAGAAGUGGAGGAUUUGUGCCGUCUUAAUAAGCUAAUAGAUCUUAUCAUUCCACGGGGCUCAUCUCAACUGGUCAGGGACAUCCAGAAAGCUGCUAAAGGAAUUCCUGUGAUGGGACACAGUGAAGGAAUAUGCCAUGUUUAUGUGGACUCCGAAGCUAGCGUGGAUAAAGUUACAAGAAUUGGUAAGUUAGGGAUAUGAAUAUUUAGCUUUGAUAUGGUCUUUGCUUACUUUGGGAACCAUAAAAAUAGAGUAUAUGACAUCUAUUGUGUAAACCUAGAUUAUAUUAUUCCACAUUUUAAAUAGCAUACAUUUGUUUGACUCCUUGUGGGGAAAAAAAUAAAAAUGUAAAAUUAGGUGUGAAUGUAACAUUUAAAUGUUUAUAAUGCCUUGAGAAUCAGAGAAAAUGGUAGUGAUUUUUAUUGCCACAGUAUUUUGUAGAGUUGCCUAAUAAUCUACAUAUGAUUGAACAAAAAAAAUGUAUUUUUUUUUUAGUGAGAGAUUCAAAGUGUGAAUAUCCUGCAGCGUGCAAUGCAAUGGAAACACUGCUGAUUCACAGAGACAUAUUGAGGACACCAUUGUUUGACCAGAUCAUCGAUAUGUUGAGAGUUGAGCAGGUACUUUAAAGAAUUUUGCUAAUGAAAUUACAUUGGAUUGACUUUCAUGUGCCCUUUUCUAUUCCACACGUCCCUCUCCCAGAAUAAUACCUUGUGAUAGUGUCUAUACUUAACUUGAUAGUUACAUGUUUCACUUUAGUUAUACAUGGAUUGCAUUCAUAUUUGUUUUGGUAAAAGAACUUGCAUUGGGUUAUGCUAAUGAUCUACAUGAGUUUGGAAAUGUAACAGGCAGUUUGACAUGUUUGCUUUUUAUUUCAUAGGUAAAAAUCCACGCUGGUCCUAAGUUUGCAUCUUAUUUGACCUUUAGCCCAUCAGAGGUGAAAUCUCUGCGCACUGAAUACGGAGAUCUGGAAUGCUGCAUUGAAGUAGUAGACGGUGUCCAAGAUGCCAUUGACCACAUUCAUAAAUACGGAAGCUCUCAUACCGAUGCUAUAAUUACAGAUAAUGGUAAGGCUUCAUUUCAAUUAAGUAAAAAUGAUUUCUAAAGCUCUUUGGUAUUCUUACUGAAAAUAUCACUUUAAAGCAACAUUUGUUUUGCUUUGCGUAUUAGAACCAAGUCAAAAAUGGCCUGCGGUUAACUGUGUUUUUUACAUUGCCCUGAAUUUCCUCUCCAAUCUCUUGCAGUUACAGUGGAGUGUUGUCAUAUACAAAGAGGACAAUUUGUAACAUUCUGCCCAAGGAGGGUGUUUUAGGGGGUAUCAGAUUGUCUCCCCGCUCCUCUCCAACAUUUCACUAAAGGGAGAAGGGCUGAAUUAAAGAAAUUAGCUUCAAAUAGCAACUGCUGCUCCAGAGUGUAUCUCUUGACAAUCUCGGUCAGAUUGAAAUGUAUGUCUCUGUGCCAAUUUAGUUUUCUAGGUACAUAAAUAUUCAUUGGGAUUUUAAAUGAGACGUGCAUAAAACCAUUCAUGACUUGAGUAUUUACGGCAGAAAUGCCUAAACUUUAACACCCUAGAUAUUUGGCUUUCAUUAGAAACAGUCUGCGGUGGCUUGUGUAGAAGACAAAGAGCAGCAAUAACUCUAAAACAAACCUUAGUUCUAUACUAAACAUUCCAGAAUUGGGACAUUUCAUUGGACCAUGCUAAUUGGUUAUUCUUUCUUUUUCCUAAGCUGAUUGCAUUCAUUUUCAUUUUUUUUUUUAUUUCAGAAGUAACAGCCGAAUAUUUUCUUCAGCACGUUGACAGUGCUUGUGUGUUUUGGAACACAAGUACCCGGUUUUCGGAUGGAUACCGCUUUGGACUUGGUAAAUUUUUAUAGUAACACAAUGCAAUAUAUAAUAGUCACCAUAUCCUAUACGAACAUUUCCUUACAACUGACCUGUCUGCUGUUGUCCUUGUGUUUUUUUUUUUUUCUUUAUUUUAUACUGUUCAUGGACUUGGUCAAUUUUUAUAGUAACACAAUGCAAUAUAUAAUAGUCACCAUAUCCUAUACGAACAUUUCCUUACAACUGACCUGUCUGCUGUUGUCCUUGUCGUUUUUUUUCUUUAUUUUAUACUGUUCAUUUUUAAUUUUAAUUUUUUUUAUUUAUUUUUUAACCUAGUCCUUUUAAUAAUUGAUUAGAAUAACUAAUUUCACUCAUUAUGUAUAUAUGGUUAACACAUUUUUUUUUCCUCCUUAUUACAGGAGCUGAGGUUGGUAUCAGUACUGCUAGGAUCCACGCACGCGGGCCUGUAGGCAUAGAGGGACUUCUGACCACUAAGUGGCUAUUGCGAGGAGACAACCAUGUGGUCUCUGACUUUUCAGAACAAGGCAGUAUGAAGUAUCUACACGAAAACCUCCCUGUUCCACAUAGAAACAUCAGCUAAACUCAACUGUAACUGAUACUCCCAAGUAUUUACCUCUCUAAAUGAAGACCUUUUUAGUAGCAAAAAUUAACAAACGGUUAUUCCUCUGGAAAUUUGACAAAUGUAUGACUGUUCCCUUCUAAUAUUAAACACGUGGAGGAAAUGGUGAUUAAGCACCUUAGCAGAACUGUGGUGAAAUCCAGAACACAAUGUAAAUCAGUGUUGAUUUAUCCUUAAAACUUGCAGGUUGUACAGGUGUUUUGACUUUACAGUCCAAAGAACUAUUCACACUGUAUGAUCAUGAUAUCAAUUAUUGUCAGGGGUGGCCAAAAGGUAGACUCUGCAUCUGUUGCAUCUAUUAUGUUUAAUGAAACUUAAUGAUAUUUUUAAAAUGAUGUAUGUUGAUUUUUCUUUAUCUGACUGAGCAACGAUGUUGGGUCAGACUCUACUAUUCUCUGAUCAACUGCUGCUCAGCCUAACUUGCCUAAUGCUGCAGUUUCACACAGAGCAGUUGCAUCAGCGGAUACGUUUGUUUGAGCAGCAGUUGGUCAGAUAACAGUAGAGCCUGGCCAAACAUGACUGCUCAGCCAGACUUAAAAAUAAAAAUUAAAAAACGUAUGUUGAUCUUUUUGAGAGAAUUUCACAUUGUUAAAAAAAACAAAAACUUUUUGAGAGACAAUCACAUCAUUUUAAAAUAUAUUACAUUUUGUUAAAUUAAUUAAUGUUUACGUCAAAAUGUGAUGACAGUUGACAUUUAAAUCAACUGGUACAUAAAAUAAUGUUUGAUACAAGUAUUGACUUUCCAAAAGAGAAUCUUGUAGCUGUGAGAUUAAAUGCCUUUUCUAAGAAAGUAAUAUCUUUGGGUUUUUUUAUUUUCAUUUUUCUUGGCCGUAUAUAUAUGAAAAUUUGUACUUGCUUUUGGAAACAAGGGCUGACUUUGUGUAGAACAUAAAACUAAACAUUCUGCAGGAAAUCUUCAGCUGUAAAAUUCAAACAGUUGAUUUAUAACUCAAAAUAAAUGUCAGACCUGUUCUCUAUUUGUAUGUCUUGCUAAAUUCUGUUUAAACCUUUAAUCAAACUUAAAUUUUUCUUUUACAGUCUGAAUUUCAUUAUGAGUAGGCAGUUUAUUCACUACACUGGUGGUGCCCAAAAGGUAAAUCUUCAGAUGGUGUAGAACUGCAACACCCAUGAUUCUUUGCAUGCCUUUAGACUGGCAAGGCAUCAUGUAAACUGUAGUUUUUAAAACAUCUGGGGAUCUACUUUUUGGGCACCGCAAAAAGUAGUGCAGAGAGAAUUUUCCAAGCUCAUCCCUAGCCCUGAUAUUUGGAAAGUCCGUUUUUAACCCCUUAAGGACCAAACUUCUGGAAUAAAAGGGAAUCAUGACAUGUCACACAUGUCAUGUGUCCUUAAGGGGUUAAAUUAUAACACACUGGUUAGUUCAUAAUCCAUAAUUUUUUAUAUAUAUAUAUAUAUAUAUAUAUAUAUAUAUAUAUAUAUAUAUAUAUAUAUUACUUUCAGCCACACUUUUGAAAAUACGAUUUCAGCAUUUUCCACCUAAAAUAUUUUCAGUAUAAAUUUCUAAAUUGUAAUAUGUAUAGUGAAGUUCUCACUGCAUAUUUUUAAUGGAAUUAUUAAGAUUGAAUAUUUAUUUUCAAUAAAUUUUGUAGAACAUAUAUUUGUCCUUGACUAUUAAACAGUCCGUAAUGUAACAUGAGCUUUUGGCAGACUUUUAGCGAGAAAAUGACACAGCAUGCAGAUGUACAUAUGUUAUGUGUACAAGAACACGGAGGGAAAAAAAAAAUGUGUAUUCACUAAUAAGGGUAAACUGGCACAUAAAUAUAAACCAGGGUAGCAAAGGGAUGUUUUUGUGUCACACACUCACACACCAGUAAACUGUGUAUUAAGAGUAAAUAAUACCAUUGUGGGGUUGGUUCUGUAGGCGACAUACUAAGCAAGACUUAAAACUGAGUGGUUUAUAAAUGAUUUGUUUUGGCUAAUUUGUAUAACAUCUAUAAUUAAGCUGACAGCCAAGUAAAACUCAAUACUAAUACUAUGUGUUCUCUAAUAGCAAGCAGAGUUGAUAGAAGUGAACUAUGUUGUUCACAUUAGGACAUUUUCCUAUUUGGAGAGUGAAGAUAAUACCUGAAUGCAUGAUUAAUUUGUGAAGAAUUAAACUGGUGACAAAAUUCUUGCAUUAUAGCACCAUCUAGUGACAUUUAUAUAAAUAUCUAUGAAUACAGUAAACUGCACCU